CGAGCCCUGAGGCCUUUACUCAAGAGUAGAAGUUUCUACAUCAGGCUCCACCGGUGAGUCACUUUAUUUUGUACAUCAGUGCUGUUGUAUCAUAGUAAGGCUGACAACACACGGAAUGACUUUUAGAUUCAAGCUGAUUUUAAAACCAAGUGACACUUCACAUACACAGACAUCCUAAGCUGAUUACAACUCUCUGAAUACACACACAAAAGAUGAUUUAAUAAGAUCACUGGACUCUUCGUUCAUUCCUAAACAAAACCAUGACGACUGAAUCCAAACAUGGUAUAUUUGAGCUGAAGCUAAUUUAUUUUGUGCAUCAGUCGAUAAUACUUUGAUUAUUGCAUAGAGGAAUAGAGGGAGGACAUGAACAAUACGGUUGUUGAGGAAGAGAAGGGGUCAGCGGCGAAACCGGGAAUGUCUGUCGUCAAGUAGACCAAUCACAGGGCUUAUGUUUACCAUGUUUUGUAGUUACAGUUUUGAGAAAGUGCUCGUCAGCUUGGUGCUUAGGCUUCUGCGUAAGGUACAGGGCCAUGAGGACGUUGCCUUUUUAGCAAAGACGGCUGUUCGUACUCUUGCUAGGUAGUUUCAAAACUGGCGCACUUUUGACGUGGUUGGACUAUCAUGAUGCGUGAAUCUGCUCACUGCAUGUUUGUGCUUGUUUUUAGACUUAUUUACAUUGCAGCCUAUCACAUAUAAAUGCAAAAAGAUAAAAAAGGAAAUGCAGUUUUUACUGGGGCACCCUCACCCUAAAGCCUCCUACCAUGACUCUGCACCAGCCGAGUGUCAAAGUUCUCCUAAAGGGAGAAUUUGAAACCUUUUCAUGUUCCCGUCUUGAGUGUGUGACUAAACCCGAAUCCUGAAUGACACAGCAGUUCUCUCUCUCUCUGUAUGACCCCUCAUAGAGAUCAGUCAUACAGUCCACCUUAAUCUGGGCGCAGAAUAAAGCCAGAUAAUGAUGUUUGCACUGAUCCCUGAGCCUCUUUUGUCCGGACUAACGCCUCAUAGUUCGGCCUUUAAUUUUUCCUCUCUGUAGGGAGUCACCUCCUGUGGUAAUUGAGGUCAAACACAAUCCAUCGUAGUUGAUUUUUCUUCCUCUUUUAAGUACACCGGGUUGUGAGCAAUGGUAAUUUGAAUAAGCUUGUUUUGUUGUGUGACAUCCUGAGGCAGCUCAAUGACACGAGGAAGAAAAGUUCAUCCCGAUACCUUAAAGUAACCUCAAUUAUUUUAAGAUUCAAGUGGUACUAGAAGGGUGAAAUCACUUAAUUCAGCUCUUCAACGCUUCAAGAUGUUUGUAAAUUUGAAGAUUACCAACUAAGUAGUCCAUUAGUGAAAGACACUUUGAGUUUUGUGCACUAUUUGUGUUUGUGCGUAAUUCCUCGCAUCUGCUCGUGUGCAGGAUUUUUUGUCGUGGAUCCCAUAAGGCUCCUCUGGCGGGCGUCCCAUCAGAAGUCGUCUCUUGAAUGAGAGACGGCUCGAUGGUGCUCAGAUGGAGUGAGUAUUGUCAGAGGAGCUGCAUGUGACUAAUCAGGACUGGGCUCGGCUCCCUGCCUUCCCCUCGAACCAUAUUCUGCUGAUUCAAAAGGCCGCCGAGACUUAAUGGAAAAGCAUGAUGAGGCCAUCAGAGAAAGUCGAGCUACACCCUGACUCAUGUCGCUUUGGUCGAUGUCCAAGUAAAUUUGCAGUAAUGCGUCAGCAGAGCCUUCGAAAGCUGUUCUAAGAUUCAUACCAUGCAGAUUGAUCCAAACUGGUGUCAGAAAUCAGCGACAAACCAAAAGAUCAAACAUAUGGGCCACUGAUUUCCACCGAGCCGCCUCUCUUUCUAUUUAUCGCGCCUUCUGCCGUUUGCUCCCUGUCUCUAUCUUUCUCUCACUACCUUUUUAUCUCUUCUUCCUCUCUCUCUCUCUGGUCACUCUGCCUUUGCUUCGUGCCUGCACACACAUAAAAUGGAGGGCAGCGGUGAGGUUCCAAUUCAGAACUCAUUUGUGGUGCUGCCGGCCCCCUACCCGCUCAGCAGUUGCCGAGGGGACCCAGGGGAGCCCUAUCACAGCUCUAUAUGCAAAUGUCCUUGCACCUGGACAACAGCGUGGGCAUGCUGGGACCGGGAGCUUAUUUAUGCAAAUCUCAGGGAGACAGUCACAGCACACAACACAGAGCCGGCCACAGACACUGGUGGCCAUAUCUCCCCGCCAGCACAUCAACUAGUUGCAAAAACGAUGGAAAAAUGAAAGAUUUGGACCAAGUUGCAGACAGGAAAUAGGGAGUGACACAGUCUGGGAGAUAGGUGCAAAUAAAAUGUAUGGAUGUACAGUUUGCAGGAACUCUGGAAGUUUUUUUUCCGACUGACUUUCUAGGAUAUGACAGUACGGGUUUGUGCAUCAAUCAGUGUUUGAGAUAAUUGAUGAAAAGCUAGAUUUUGUUGUGUUUUCGUCUUCUUGCGUGACACACAGUAAGAUGUAAGAGACCGCACACAUGAACGCGCGCUACAAAGGUUUUGUUUACCACCACAACAGCGCUGACAAGAGGCAAUAACACUGAAUGUGUUAAAGCGCUCCACGGCGAAAGGAGAACAAAACCAAUCUUUGUGUCUCAGCUGGCCCUGCCUCCCGACUGGGCCGCACCACUGUGCGAGACAUCACACAGGAAAGCGCUCCCUCUCCGCACACAACAGGCCACAUUAAUGUGCAAAUGUAUGCAAGGAAAUUUCAGAAAAGCCGAAAUUACUGAGCCAAAUGAGGUAGCUGCACUCAAAUUGUUGGGAUUAUGAAUAAUUACCGCACGUUGCAUGGAACUUUCCUCAAUUUCCUGUGAAACAAUGACUUCAGUGGUUUAAUUGAGGAAAAUCCAAAUGUGGUGUGAAGUUAUUGUUUUCCAGUGAUGGAGGUAGAAGCUACCUUUGCCAAUUUUCAUAUGCUGAAUCAGGGGACAUGGAAGGGGCCUGUAAUGGUGUUCAGUUCCGCUUUGUUUCUCUAAAACUUUGAGUGUGAUCUGUUGUCUCUUUGUGAAACUUGCCUGCUCUUAGGGAACAAAAAAAUACUGUCAACUGUUUGUAUAUGGAAAAAAGCUUGUUCUGCUUACAUGAGGCGAAAUGUUUUGAAUAAAUUUGUUUGAAGUUCUUAGCUGAGAGAAAUUACGGUUAGACGGUCAACAUCCUUGGAAUUUAAGAAGACGAUACAAAACCACAAACUACAGAUUGUGCAGUUAGUGUCAGAUAAAGUCAGUGAGUAGACUCUCUAUCUCUACCACAAGUGCAUUAAAACAGACCUUUUUCGCUGACACAACACUAUCUGUAACCUCCUUUAGACAUGCACAAAUGCAGCCGACAAAUGUGUUAUACCCUCUUUGGGCUGUGAAGGCUGCAGUCGGUCCAUAUUUGGUGGCCCUUCUUGGCUCAUGACUCUAAAGGUCCUUACACACCAGGCGCGAAUUCACCAGGCGAAUUAUAAUAAUAAUAAUAAUACAUUUUAUUUAAAAGCGCCUCUCUGGACACCCAAGGACACUGUACAGGCAUUAAGAACACAGUUAAAACACAGUUAAAGCAAAUAAAAACAACAUACAGGUAUGGAGAUGGACAGUUAAAGGGAAUAUGUGAUUUGGAACAGAUGUGUUUUGAGUUUUGAUUUGAAGUGGGAUAGUGUUUCUGAUAGCAUAAAGUCAAUGCAAGCUUCCACACCGGCAGCGAUUUUUCCGUGGGGCAAAAAGCGUCUUUUUUUUUUUCGCUCUUGUGUCGAAUUUUUUGGAUAUUCGCAGGCGAAUAUCUGGACCUGCUAGACCUCUGGCCAAUCAAAAGUCAUGUUGUUGAUGACGUCACAGACCCAUGCGGCUGCAGUUCACACGACACACACCGCCACUGGCACCGAGAGCAACGAUGGGAGAGAGGCUGGUAAUUGCGGUACAGGACCACUGGAUGGCGGUGUGGAACUCGCCCAUCUCCUUCCUCAAAGUUAAUAUGGGAUGUACCCAAACACUCCUUUGUUUAUUCUUCUGUCUUCUUUUUUUUUGCCAAAAGCAUCAAAACGAGCUCAUCAUCGCUUGAGGAUGUUGUCGACUCAAUUUCUUUGUUCUCCUCUCCUCCGUAGCGCGAAAGAACUCACACCAAAGACAAUAUUUAUUAAUUCGCUUUGCAAAAUUUAUACGCAUAUUCGCUUUGCGCCCGGUGUGUAUAGGCGAAAGCGAAUAUUCGCAUUUUCGUCUCGCUUUUUCACUUCGCUCCGCAAAUUUGUGUGUAAGGACCUUAAGACAAUCGAGAUAGAAGACUCUCAAACUUCUGAGUAAAACAUCGAAGCUUGAAAUGAUCUGUUACGUCAAACAACAACAAGAGUAGUGCAAUGAGUCAGGGUGGUGAUACAGACACAUAAUCCCUCAAAGGGUAGACCAUCUCAAUUCAGGCUGCAGCCCCUGGACUGGGACACAACUUAUGUGGGUUGCAAAGAGACGAUUAUGUUAAGGUGACCGGACGUCCCCGGCUUCUGGGGACAGGUUCCUGUAUUGGAUGACCUGUCCCCAGCUAAAGUUGUCCCCGGAUAUGUCCCAGAUUUGAGCAUUUCACGAAUAAGAAGGGAGGAAGCUCAAGUAAGCAUGUUGUACGCAGUCCUGAAUGGCAUCCCUCUGCUCAGUAUGUCCCCAGAUUUCGUUACAGAAAUCUGGUCACCUCAGUUUAGUAAAAAAAAAAACAGGACUAAAGUUAUAUAAAGAUAGGCUUUUACCUUUCUGAUGCAUCUCCAAAAACAGGAAAUGUCAAAGUUUUGCAAAAUUAGGUUUAGUAGUAGAGCUGGUGUAUAAGAUUGCAUUGGAUUGUGCAGGUUGUGGUAAAGCUACAGAUGAUCUAUGUGUAUUUCAGUUGUCUAUGUCAAGUGGCGUGUCACUGAAAUUUCUAACCUGCCAGAAAUUCAUCUGAACCGGGAAGAGCAGCUGACAAUGAAAGCUAGUUUGUGUUUCUGUUGCUAACACUGCUAAUAGAAAUGCUACUACAGCUCCUGGUGAGAUCUCAUAAUUUGAUGGUUAUUAUACUGGUUUAUACAGCAGUGGUCAUGGUGGAAGGGGCCUCAGAAAUAACUUAACGAUGCACCAGCUCAGGGUACUGACUGGCAGCUUUGAUGCUCUGAUCACCAAGAUGCUUCCUCUCACCUCCUGGAUUCAGGAAGUACAAAAGAGACAAGAGACAAGGUGGUUAAUAAUGAUGGCUUACGACUCUUUGUGGUUUGAUAGAGAGCAGCAGCAAACUCGGAUAUGACGUAAGUAUGCUUUUAAAAAAAUGUAGAUGAGUCCAGCAUGAAAAGCAGAUGAAAGGAGUCUUUGGAGAUGUGGACCAAGAAGAGAAAUGUCAGUGAAGAAAAUGACUUCAAGAAAUAGGUAGAAAAGGGAGGGGAUGGGGAUGAAGGGGGGCUAGGACGGCUGUUGUUAUUGUGUUUGAUGUAGUGCUUGACAAGAGAGAGAGUUUAGAAAUCCUUGUGUAGUAGGAGGCAGAGGAAGAGAGGGUUCAUUUAAAUGCAUGCUCACUCAGGGCCCAUACGGAGUGGGUGUCUGUUGAGAAUUCAUCAUGGCCUUACUGAUAAAGCCUCAGCCUCUUAGCGAGGGGAAAGGAGAGACAGAUCACUCUCUUGAGGUGAGAUUGCCUCGUGGAUGGACACUUGUUAUGUAGAAAUACACAACACUGACGGAUAUUACCAUGGCACUUUCGGACUGGUUAGUCAUCCCUCCAUCCUCUAUCCCUCCAUCCAUCCAUUCCACCAUUUCCUCGGGUUGGAUGAGAAGUACUCUUUGGGGACCAUAAGCUGCAGACUGCACUCGUUAUUAUAGCUUCCCCACAAUUAGGAGGAAAGUUUUCAGCCAGAGAGAAAGGUACCUACAUUUUCUUUACAUGGCCUCUGAAAACGUCACGUAGAAACACUCGAACCAAACCGAUUAUUAGGUACAACUCUGUGACCCAACAGCACUAUUCUAGCUCAGUAUAUGUUCCCCUUCUAAGUAUGGACAAAAAGUGGCAUGUUGAUGUAAAAUUAUCCAAAGAUGCUUGUUGGUGAGCAGUUGACAGAGGUAUAGUGUAUUUAGGUCCAGUUGAGUUUCCUUCUGCUCUAACUCUUACCUGAAGCGCAGAAGUUGCAUGAACUGCUUAUAAUCAGGGUCUGGAUAUCAAAUCCACACUAGAGCUGUCACGAUACCAGAUUUUCACCUAACGACUAUAAUGGCCACACAGUAUGGCGAUAAGAAUCUCAUGAUAUCGAGGAACGGCUCCAAAAUAAAUCAACACGAUCAGCCAAAUUGAGGAAGAGUGGAUCAACACUUUUAUUUUUAGACCUAAUUUCAACCAAUUUAGACGUUGCACUUUAACCCAUUAUUCCAUAACUUUUUUUUUUUCUCAAAAAGCAAAAGUGAGUUGCAUAACUGAUCUCAAAGUACUUAACCAAAUUAAUUGUGAUAGCCGAUCACAGCAAUAUACAGUGUAAUGUAGAUAAAGCCCAGAUUUAUACUUGGUCUUAAAUUAAACGCCUAAAAAACGUUCAUUUUUAGACCUCUUUUAGACCAAAAAAUGCUCAGUGAGACAUUAAUCUAUAACUUACUUAAACAUAAUUAUCUUCGAUUUUAUCACUCAUUUUAACUAAUAUUUAAACUUGUGAUUUAUCCACAUCAUGUUCUUCUACGGAGAAGACAUUGACUAAUAAAAAGAUGAGUCCUAGUGCUUUUAUUUUUAAUUUCUUUGUUUUAAAUUUACAUAGCUUUAUUUUCUGUACAGUUAAGCUAUGCUUUUAUUUUGAAGGGCAGUACUUCUCGUAGAUUGUGCAUUAUGAAACUAAAUGAAAACUCUUAAAAGAGCAGUUGGAAAGUAUAAAUGAUCAAUUAAUCAUUAACCUAAAGAGGCACAAUGAGUCUUGAACAUCAGUUUUUAAAGUGCCAAACCAUCUCUCAGAGGGCUGCUUCAGCUAGCUAGCUAGCAGUCUGCAACUUCUUCUUCGUCUAGCCUCUGUUUUAUGACGGUACCUGAAUAUUAUGACAGUACCAGUCCACAUGGAGUCAAAGGUCAAACUUGUUAGCUUGUAAUUUACUUUAAGUUGUUUCAUUGUUUAGUUGCACUGUGCACAAGCAAAGUUGAUCUUGACUGGUAGAACAACAAAAAUUUUGUUGCACAAAUUUGUUUUUUCACUCCAGUUUUACUCCUCAUGGAGUAUUUGUGUAAGUGCAACUUCUAAAACAUUAGAGUCCAAACUCGUGUCUGAACAAGUGUUAGGUUUGGUCUCAGGCGUAGCUACUGCUGGACUCCAAAGUCUACAAGAGUUGUAAGAGUUGCAUGAGUGGUUGCUUUAACAUUAGAAAGGGCAUUUUGAUCUAUUGUUUACGUAUUCCUUUGCACAGUUUAAGUCCAUUCAGAUCAUUAGCAAGACUGGCAACAUCUACAAGCCUUGAAAAUAUGUUUUAUAUUCCAGCUAACAGGAUGUGUGGGUGAAAAAAAAUGGUCUCUCUGGCUUUUCUGCACAUCAGGAUAUUGUUUUAUGGUAUAAAACAGAUGUUUUCCAGCUCAGCUAUGCCUCAACAGAUUCUAUCAAUACCACAUGCAAACAGAAUAUGACAAAAAGAAACCAAAGUGAUCUCCGCACACAAUCAGCAUUAAAAAAAAAAAAUAAUACCAACGCGAACAAUGCAUUUUUGAGCAUUUGUUUACAUCUGCUUUUUUUAUGUUGUUGUUGUUCUCACAGCCACAAAUAUUGUCUAGGGAACAUUUAUUCCGGCCAACAUAAUUCAAUGACACAUCAUUCAGCUUUGAGGAGCAAUUAGCACAAAUCUGCAAACACAGGACAGGAGAACAAUGGACCUUUGGAGGUGAGUGGUGAGCGAGCGUGUGUUUGUCUUUGUGCAUGUCACAGAUUUACACCUGCAUGUUUAAAAAAAGGCUGUACAGUAGCUGCACAGUGAUAUGAAAUAAGCUUUUCUUAUAUCAUUUAAAACAUGUCAGAGUUUAAGCUGUAAUAGACAUUUACUAUUAUAUACUGUAUAUGUAAGACACACUCUUGACUUCAUUUACAAGUAUUUAUGUCUUUUUACUACAACCACUUACCACCAAAGUUCGACUGUGUUUAUUAUCUUUCAUUGCCCAAGCUGACCUAGUAAUCUUGAACGCUUGAUUCUGAUUGGUCAGCACCACAUAGCAGUAGCAAUUAAUCCUUAAAAAACAAAAGUGACAAUAUGCAGAAAAAAUCUGGCACGUUUCGUCUCCGCCUGUUGACUCUGUGGCAAAAACAUGAGCUCCUGUUGAAGCAUUGUGCCAAAACUAUUAGCUGGUCACAGGAGCAUCUUUGUGAUUCUGAUGGCUACAAGGUUACUUAGUAUGGUAACUAUGACAACGCUUAAGAUGGGAUAUGUGUCUAAAUUAUGUUUUCAGGUGAAUCAUCAAACUUUGGUCAAUGAAAGUCUCUACAUUUUAGUCCUUGCUUCUGACAGUGUUGCCAACUCCUCAGUAAGGAAAGUCGCUAGUGGCUGUUGUAAAAGUCGCUAGAAGUCGCUAGAUGACGUCGUUGCAUAAUUUACAUAAUUUCACAGUCAAACCCUCUGUCGCCGCCAACCCCCCCCCCCCCCCCCCCUUUUUUUUCUCUGCUUCCUGGAACCACCACUUGCACAGUAGCAUUGUACGCAUUCGAUGGGUGAGUCGCUGUGAUGACGCUCGUCUAAAACAGCGUAUCGCUACGCAAUCUUCGCACUUCACAGGCUGUAUCAAGUCAAGAUGUGUAACACUCCUUCUGUGGACAUAUGGAUAUAAUAAGAACCCCAAAUAGCUUUUGAAAAUGGAGCUGCACAUAAAAAAUCAAAAACCCCUGGUCGGACAGUGAAUUGACUCCCAGCUAGUUGUCAUGUAAUUACUAGAUAAUUUCAUGUUGUUACAAGGUAAUUACCUGUUAAUUACCUGGUAAUAAGUGAACCGUAAAAGAAAGGGUUACUAAGUCAAUACUGUCCUAGCUACCUGGUAGGUAACCUUCCAUCAUCAUACAAAUUUGAAGCCGAAUUGCUCUGGUAUUUCCAGGAUUCUCUCCACUUCCUGGAACUACCUUUGCACAGUAAUUGUCGCAUUCGACGGGUGAGUCGCAGAAUAAUGCUCGGCUCAACAGCGUAUCGCCACGCAAUCUUCGCACGCCCAUAGGCUGUAUCAGGUUUUUGUCAAGAGCAUGGAUCAGGAAAAGUUUAUGAAUGAUGAAUUUGAAGAAUUAAGGCAGUAAGGAUUAUAGUGCACAUCAGAGUUUAAUCAGUGAUGUCUUUUAACUCGCCAUUGUCAAAAUUUUGAUUAAAUGAGGUUUGGAUAUUGAGCUAUUUAACAGUAAUCGCUUAAAAAUAACAAAUAUGAAACUAAUGUUGCUCCAGUAGCUGCAGGUUUUUGUCAAGAGCAUGGAUCAGGAAAAGUUUAUGGCGUUUAUGCAAAUAUGCACUCCCAUAAUACCUGCCUCGCUUCGUUUUUUAUUUUAUUUUAUAAGUUUUCUUGCCUCUUUCUGUAUUUUUUGCCCUUUUCUUUGUGCACAAAUUUGUCGUAUAUUCAUGAAAAGUUUUGCUCCAAUUAUGAGUGCAGCUUCUGCCUUUACUCUUUCGCAGGAGUUAUAUAAUGCAGGUGCAGUCGAGGUUGUUUUCGAGCUGAAUCAGCAUGCACUGUGUGUUUUUUUUUUCCUCCUUUUGUUUGUUUGCUUGUUCUGGCAAUUAGCUUUUGAACUCUCAUCACGUCCUUGGACAGAGCUGUUUUACCGACAUGUAGUGCCCUUCUGCAGAAGCCUCCUAUGCUCAUCGCUGCGAAUUUUCAGAACCAAAACAACUCUCUCUCCUUUUCCUCUGGUUCUCUGUGCUACAAACAGACUAAAAAAGAAAAAAAAAGUCCAAACUUAUACAAACACCUUCCAUCUGCCUCCAGUAAGAUCUCUGAAAAGUUCGUUUUUUUGUGCUUUUUACAUCUCUAAUGUGUUAGAAGGCAAACUUUUUUGGAGAGCAGGGGGAUUUGGGGGCUGGCAUGGCGGCGGUGGUGGCGGUGUUGGUGAAGUAGGCAGCAAUUAGCGUGUUGCUAAUGAACUCCCUCUCAUUAUCAGUGAAUCAACAGGCCUGUGCUAAUUACGGUUAGCAGGACAGACUCCUCUCUCCCACUGCGACGGGCUUCAAGGUCCCUCCGGAGCUGCAACACACCGGAUGGUCUGCCAGCAGCCACAGGUGCAAAGCGCUCACUGCCAAUGUUAAAAACAGAACAUAACACAUGCACACACUCGAACACCGGGUCUGACAAACACACAAAGCCAGGGACCAAUACACUCUCUGUCAUGUUGUGGUCAUCUUGCUGCAGGUGGCCCCAUCGCACGGGGGCUUUUUUUAAUCAAAUAUUUGCCAGGAGUUAAAGUGCUGUUAACCCCUUUUCACCCAGCUGUAAGCACAUGAGAGAGGAGUGUGUCAAAAACUUAAGUGGGGCUGUUAGAGGACCUCACCUGGACAUUGUUAACGGCACACAUUAUUUUAGCAGUCAGAGCUCUUUCAAUAUUUAAAGGAUAAUUUUGGUUUAUUACAUCUUGGGUCUUUUAUUUUUGGCCAUCGUUCCAAAAUCCUUAUUCACCAAGUUAAUUGCCCAAAUCUGAGAACAUGCCAACAUCACGAAAAAGAAGCCAACCGGGGCAGCGAUCCAAGAGCUUUUAAAACUGCAUUAUUAAAUAUUUUUUAUUAAUGGAUUAAAGACCAAGUGUCAUACAAAAAGAAUUAUACCUAACUCUGCACAUCCUCGUAGUUUUAUGAAGCACUCUAGCAUCUUCUACCUUAAUAUUGUGGUUCUAUAGCUUGCAUCUUUCCACUCAUGUGUGGCAGAAAAUUAGAAUAUUCUAAAAAUAUCUAUUUCAUUAUUGCUUGUUAUGGCCUGAUUUGUUUGUCACCCACAACCCACAAGUUUGCAGUAUUUAGAUCUGGAGGUAAAGGUGUUUGGAGGCUGCGUUUGGUUUUAUAACGACUCAACUGGAUUUAUGUGUAACCAGCACAGACAACAGGAUAUCAACCUGCAAGGAGGACCAAAAACUGGUGGUGCUAGCUCUGCUAAAGUUAGCCCCGCUAGGCAAUCUUAUUCUGCAUUAUUUAUCCGCAAACUCUGAGAUUUUGUGUUGAAUGAAUGUCACACCCGUUUGUAGCUCAUGUAUUUGUCGUUGUAUUUAUUUAGAUUCAUUUAUAGAAUGUAUAUAGAUUAGGAGCUGUCUGCCUCCUGCGAGAACAGCACCCUCUGGUGACGGGCUGCAGUAUAGGUCAUAAAUCCCACCUCCUCCAGCAAUCUGUAUGGAGCAGUGGACAAACUUUAGAAACUAUUACACAGAAUAAAACUUUUCUCCCCCCUGGUUGUGAUGUUGACAUGUGAUUAUUGUCAGACUGCUUUGUGCUCAAGUCCUCUUUUCUCUGUCCAGCUCCAUUUUUUAAAGGAGGUUCAUGUUUUCUAUGAUUGACACCUGAUUCAGCCUAUGGGAGUACAAAGAUUGCAACUCUCUCGCUGAAUGUGUACAACACUACAGCUCAAUGUUGGUUUCAGGAAGUGGAGAAAAAUCGUGGAAAUACCGAGAGCUUUUUGGCUUUAAAUACGUAUACUGGCGGAAGGCGGAACCAAGUUGUCUGUGGUUUAUACAGUCUAUGGAUCCAUCAGAUAAAAUAAUGUAAAGGGUAAGAGUCACACCUACAUUUGCAUAAUUAGAAACAGAUGAGUUAGUUGACAGAUGGAUGCGUUGUAGCUGUUCACUGGGAGGCCGAAAGCUCGCCACCUCUUGGCCGUUGUCCAGAUUGAUCGAAAGCUGCAUCUCUAUCAGCAGUAGCAUUACAGAGAUAAUGUCCAUUUUUAUGCUAAAUACCUCACACACUGACUAGCCCAGAGGUGCAUGCCCAACAUCCCUGGACUUCAACUCUUGGGUUAGCCUCAUUAAGAAACCUCGGGUUAAGUAAACUCUUCAUUAUUUACGCUGUACGACUCCUGCUCUGCUGUUAACAUUUUAACUGGAGCAUUACGACAAAAUCUUUCUCCAUCCGCUUGACUCUGCAAACAAGUGUUUUACAACAGACACGGCGAGAUCCAUUAAUCAAACGCCACUUGUUAGGCAGCAGUGGCCCUCGCCUAUCAAACGCUAAAUACUUCCUGAAAAGCACAAGUUCCAGGCUCCAUUGAUAAAGGCUUUUUCUGCGUGUCACUGAGGCGAGCAAACACCAAAAAAGAUUGUCGGUGUCAGCCCACAGCAUGCGCCAUAAGAUGGGACCUGGGCAUGUAAAAUAGACCCCCCCCUUCCUUCUCUCCUUUCCAUCCAUAACUUAAGCAGAGAUCAGUGGCUAACACUCUUAAUCCCAAGGGGGUGCUUUCUGAGCUGUAAUUUAAAAAUAGCGUUUUAAUAACACACCACUGCUACAGUACAUUAAUCUCAGAAUUAAUUAUCUACCCCACCCCCAGCCUAUUUACUUGAAAGAGGCUCUUUGCUGCAUUUCUUGUGUUUUAGUUCUAUUUAUUCCAAGAGUGAGCGGCUAAAGAGAUGCAUGUGGAGUGUCUUGUGUGGCGUGCAGUAAUUAUGCAGUUGCCAGUAUAUUACCAGUACGUAUAUAAAAACCAGUGAAUACAUUAGAGCUGCGGGGUGUCGUCAGCGUAAACGGUCAGUUAGGUGAGAUGCUUUUAAAGCGGGUGCUAUCUUUUCUCAGGCUGUGCAACAGGAAACAACAACCGAUUCAAUUAAGGGAGGCAUUAAAUAAAAACCAGAGCGUAAUCUAAAGAUAUUGUAGCAAACAGCCGCCGUAUGGAGAAUAACUUCACGUUCGUUUACAUUUUUAUGCAAGAAAAUGUUUUUAAUCAAACGUCACUCCUAGCGAUAGAAAAUCAAUUCCGAGGAGAAAUUAAAGAGCGUAAUGUGACUGCGAGCCAGGCCUAAAGGCACCGCAAAUAUUCAAAAACAAUAUUAAACUGCGAUAAAUAAAAUAUGAACCUUCUUUGGCAAUAUAACAUUCGAGCGUCAGGGGACGUGGGCACUUAAUGCGAGUUAAUGAAACACAAGAAUCACGUUUAAAAGGCGCAGCGAUCACCGAGCGUUUGUGGAGAGAAGAGGUGACGGUGUUGCUGAGCCCCUCUGGCAGAAGUUGCAGGGGCUGACAAGAGAUCAAGUUGAGCACUGACACUGAUUAUCAGUAUAUGAGCUGUGGAUGUUAAUAAAAAGGAUGUUAAAGGAGGGAGGGGAAAAAAACGGAGAAGACCGUCUUGUUCUCUUUCCCCUGCGCUUCCUCCUGUUUCCCUGAUUGACUGACUGACUGACCUCCAUUGUCAUAGCCUCACAGCUGACAGUGAUCUCCACACAUACAUCACUUUGUAUGUUCUCGGCUGAAUAGAGGCAGCGUGUGCGCGCUCUGCAUGAGGCAGGUGCCCCCGGGUCUGUGUAUCACAGAUAACCUUUACAAGGAGGUGUAGUUCACGCCUCCCGGCCCCCGUACCUUCCCGCUAUCGCAUCAAAGGAUCUGGAUGUGGUUAAAUUCAGUCACUGGAGAGACAGUCAGGGCUUGGCAUGCAUGAUUGAUGUCGAGUUUGCAACAUUAGGUAUCAUAAGGUGUAAUAUAGGAGAUAGCGCUAAGUGCGAGAUUGCAUUUGAGCGUGUUGAAGGGAAUAGGAACUGUUUGACAGCUCGGGGUGUUUUAUGGUUUCCUGCUGGCCUUUUUUUUUCUCCCCUUCCUGUUCUGGAUAUCUGACCAGAGCUAUAAAAACAAAGACCUGAUAUUAAAUUGUGUUACGCAAUGUGUGGACUCCUUUCCGCCUGCAUUUGUGUUUUCUCUCUCGCUCUCUCUUCAAAAAAAAACACCCAAUCCUCACACUUGCAAAGAGAAUCCCUGGCAGACUUUCAUGUUUCAAUUAAGCUUUGAUUGAGUUAUGAAAUAUACAAGACUCCGAGCCAAACCAUGACAAAAUGACAUACAUUUCUGUUGUUUGUGACAUGACUCCACUCAGAUUCCUCUGUCUCCUACAUGACAUCCUAUUAAUUUUGUUUAUAUCGAGGCAGGUGGUUGUCAGUAAAAGUCAUUUCGUCAAUCAAUUUUUUUCGGACUGACUAUUUUUCAAAUGAAAAAAUAAGUUGCUAAUUUUGUCAGUGCUCUUUCUAGACACUGCAGGUUUAAUUGCUAAUUGUUAACUGGGAAUGAAUGCAUUUGCAUAUUAAUUAGUUAGCCCAUUUGCAUUUUUAAUUUGCUGCCUUCAAAGGGGGUGAGAUAAAAGGUCGCACAAUUCUGAAUAAUUUAAAUAAUUUAUGCUCCAUUGGUGAAAAGAAGCUGAACAGAAGUGUUCUGCGGAUAUUAACCCCUGAGAGCUUUUACCGAAUAAAGCACUCCAAAAAUUGUUUUAACAAAUCUAAUUAAACGGAAAAAGGUCUGAACACACAACCACCCAGAGCACUAGGAGCUAGAGUGUGUCCUCGGGAACAAAAAACCGCUCAGGAGAGAGUGAUGGAGGCUGUAUGGAUGUGGAGGACGAGACUUCUAGCCCUCCACCCGGAUAUGAAGGCCUCUCGUAGUCUUUUCAUCAUUCAGAUUGAUCAAAUACCCCUACAGGAAUGCUGAUGGAGUCAGCGCUUGGUACUGUAAUAGUAAUUCUCUCUGAAGUUAAGCUGCUCUUUGCAACGUGUCGUACUUCAUAAGCAAUCAAAGAGAUGCAUGUGCUGUGGUGGAUCCUUGAAAGUUAGCUGAGACUAAUUUGGACUAGGCGUCUAAGUUGUAAUUUUUAAUGAAUGACACUACCAGCACAAGUAAAUUCAUCAGAUGAUCACAGGGAAGAAACAACAAAUAGACAGCAUUUGUCAGCAUGUGUUCCUCGCUCUAACUUUCUUCUCUCGUAACCGCUCAAGUGUCCAUUUAGAAGAAAAACUUCUUUCCAUUUUUGGGUACAAGGAGCUGAUAUAUUCUCUCCCUCUUCUUCAACCAGGUCCCGACUGCAUUGUGAGACUGUCUCCUCUCCUUUGUCCCAGUGAUCUUAAUUACAGGCCCUGGGCCUCGUGCACAGAAGCCCAUUUAAAUCAGAACACAUCCAGCUUCCAUUAUGGGCUUGGCAUUUGGUCUUUGUGCCCAUGCUCUUAAAUUACAUGCUGCCAAUCCUAGUGGGCACAGGCAAGAUGAGGAGCGGAGGAUGGGUGAGAGAUGAGGUGAAGGGAGGGGGAUGAGAGGAGGCUGAGAGUAAGAGCGGCGGGGGCCACAGGCUACACUUGACGACUGAAAGCCCCCCCCACCCCACCCUCCUCUUCUCUCCUCUUCUUCUUGUGCCCUCUUUAUCACUAGAUAACUUAUGUAAAGUAGCAGAUGAAACCCAUUCCCAUUCACGUCGGCCUGAUUGUCAGAAUAAGCUUGCAUUCCUUUGAAAAGUGAUUGACCGCCUGAAAGGGUACAAAUUAGGGGCCUGUUCGUCUUUUCUUCUCCGGUCGUGGGGUUUAUUUGCGGCAGAUUCACCCAGGCCCAAAAUUAAGUGAACUCAGGCAGGGAUGAAUGGGAGAGCUCUGAUUGAAUAAUUGAUUUCCUUUGUGCGGCCUGUGUUUAAGAGGGAUAACUAGACAUCCUUUGGAGUGUAAUGAUUGUAAUUACUGCGAUGACUGGUCAUGUCAAAUAUGACACAGGAAAGGACUGUUAUUAACCUUUAUUCUCCACAUGGAGGAAAAAAACUAACCCAAUAUCCUCUUGUCUCUUCUUUCUGUAUAUGUGUUUCACCUCUGGAGGUGGAGGCUCGGCUGGCGUAGGUUGGAUGCAUGGAUGAACUCGUUCCCUGUCUUCUCCUCCUGGCCCAUGAAAGGUAGAUGGGUAAUUGACUGUGCGAGUCAGAGUCACUGGUGUGUCAGUGACUCAGACGGCUAGUGAGCCUUGGGCUAACUCUCAAAGUGCAAUGCAUUAUGGUUCCUGAAUAUGAGUGUAAGAGAUAGGAGCUAUAACCGCGCUCUUGAUGUCUGUCAGAAUCCCGUAUGUGCUGACCCCUUUAAUGCACUUGAUGCGUUCAAGGGCCUCGGUGAAACAGACAUUAAUCAUGUUGUGAUCAGGAGCAGACUGCUGGAGUUACCGGACAUGUGGUCUGCAAGAAUCUGGGGUGUAACCACAACUACCUCAGAGCGAAACAGAGAGGUCUGAAGCAAAUGGUUUAAAGCUGUGUGGGGAUUUGCCAGCUCCAGGUCCAUCUAACCCCGAAACUCCACCGCAUCCAGAGCGGCCCUGAUCUGGAACAGCAGUGAUUUUCGCCGUCUGCCAAUACCUACCAGAGAACUUACAAGAACCUGCGAAUUCACGUGCAAUCGCGCGAUAACGAGAUGUCUCUAUAGCCACAUAACCGUAUAAGCAGUAGAUUGUGUCUUUUCAAAGGAGGAAAUCUACUUUUAGACUUUUAGAAUCAGCAUCUUCUCAUCCAUGGUGUCAUCAGGGUUUAAAUACUGUCUGAAAACCUUUCACUUGUUCGACCCCGCCUGUUUGCAUGAUGUGAAAUACAAUCCACCUGAAACACGGACAGUUUUAUUUUAAAAAGAAGCUGGAUGUAACCCUUUCUUUUAAGGUACACUUAUUACCAGGUAAUUAACAGGUAAUUACCAAGUAACAACAUGAAAUUAUGGUAACUACAUGAUAACUACUAAAUCAAUACUGUCUAGCUACCAGGUAGGUAGCCUUCCAUCAUCAUACAUAUUUGAAGCUGAAUUGCUCUGGUAUUUCCAGGAUUUUCUCCGCUUCCUUGAACCACCUCUUGCGCAGUAGCAUUGUACACAUCCGGCGGGUGAGUCGCUGUGAUCGCACGCUCAUCGGCUGUAUCAAGUGUCAAUCACCCCAAAUAGCUUUUGAAAAUGGAGCUGCACAGAAAAAAGAAAAACUAGACAGUAUUGACUUCGUAGUUAUCAUGUAAUUACCAGAUAAUUUCAUGUUGUUACUAAGUAAUUACCUGUUAAUUACCUGGUAAUAAGUGUACUGUAAAAGAAAGCGUUACCAAAACCUCUUAUGUAUUUGUUUCCAUCCCACAAGUCUUCCUCUGAUGCUCCACAUGCUGUUAAUCACAGUAUAUAGUACUGAUACAUUAAAUUCUGAUAUCCGUGAUAGUUGAAAGCCUCCACUUUCGAAAGUCAAAGAAAAAUUAAUCUAAGGAUGAAAAUGUUCUCCUCUUUUCAACAGAUUCGUGUUUCAGGUUUAAUUUGUUCGUACCAAAAGUCUGACUGUGAGCUAAACAGCAGAGAGAGACAAGACUACAGUUAUGAUCUGGAGCCGCUCCAUAAGAUGGUGAAUUAUUAAAGAACUGUAGGACCAGUGUGAAAGCCCCCGUGGUGAUUUUACUGGGAUAAGUAGACAUUUUAUGAUUCACAGCUGUAAGGCCUGCAGUCAAAUAAAACUCAUUUGGAUGUGAAAUCUCAAACACAGUAAGAGUCCGUGAAGUCGGUCGCUGAUUCGGUUUCUAAGGACCUUUAACAUGUCAUGAAACUGUCCGUUUGAAAGUUGAUGCUGUGAUUGUGUGUUUUUGGACGCUGACAAGCCGAAAUAAUUCACCCAAUGUAGUCCCAAAGAUCGUAAUGUCUACUUCUUAUCUGCACCUUAGCCCAGUUCAGUUUCCCAACCACCACAAGGUUUUUGCCCCGUCCACAAGAUCCAUCCAGAUCCAGACAAAACUUUCUGACCCGUCGCUGAAAACCUCAGGUGUUGUUGCCCUUUAGUUGAACCUCUGCAGUCAGUGCUGCCAGCCCUGCCAGCUGUGGAGACAACUGAAAAACUUAAUUUGCAAAUUCAUUUGAAGCCUUUAAUUGGGUACCACAAGCAUGAGUAGAGGAGAAGUGUGACCGGUGUGCUCAAGACAGAUGGCACCAGGGAAACAGAAAUACAUUUUCCUCAGGACCAAAGUGAGGCAUUAGUGAGAGAUACUUUAUGCAAACUGUUUGUAUUAAUAAACUGAAAUAUUUUCAACUGGGCAGGAAACUUUAUAAGAAUAAGCUAAGAGUGUCUCCGUCCCAACUAGGGUUCGAUUAAGUAACACCAAUGGGCCACCGUGCACAAUACCAAGAUGUCAAAGGUUGGUCAUUUCAAAUAAGUUUAAGUAUCUCAAAAUCUGCCAUGUGGUACCAAACAUCCACAGCGGAAAAAAGGGGAAAUGAAGGUCCUGAAACUAAAACUUUUUUUUUUUUUUUCUUUUGUUCAUUUUUAUUUAUUUUUCUUAUUUUCUUUUUGUUUUACUAUUUUCUAUUCAUUUUUUUUCUUUUUCCCAUUUUUUCCCUUUUGCUUUUUUUAUUAUUUUUUUUUUCCACUCUUUUUCCGGCUUUUUCUCCAUUAACUCUUAAUUUUUCGCCUUUUUUCAUUUUCCUUUUCUUUUUAUCUUUCUUUUUGCCUUUUCCCAUUCUUUUUUUUUUGUCUUUUUCCCUUUUGUCUUUUUUCUCUAUUUUUUCUAUUUUUUUCCUUUUCUGUAUUUUAUCUUAUUUUUUGUCUUUUUUACAUUUUCUUGUCAUUUUUUCCUUUUUCUUUUAGUCUUUUCUUUUCCUUUUUCUUAUUUAUUUAUUUAUUUACUGUGGGCUAGUGCAAAAGGCUUUUUUUUUCUUUUUUUGUAUCCUCCAGUAAAGCCCCUCCUGUCACUAACUUGGAUAUGCAUUACUUAGGUUGUCUUCCUGCUAAGUAAUGAAACAAACAAAUCCUGCUAAAACCUGGUUUGUUAAUACUUCGACUGUAGACAUACUGCACCAAUAGUACCUCCAUGAUAGUUUGCAUUACUUUUAGCUUUAGCUGUGAUAGUUUGCAAAGCAUAGUGACCAACAAAACUAAGACAGUUUUGAAGUCAUUUUGCUAAAGAAGAGAAAAUAAAACACUAAAUCCAGCCAUUCCUGACAAACAAGAUGAAAAACAAAGCUCCAAGGUCCUGUUUGAAAAGUUGUUGAGUCCAUGCACAAAUGUGAUUGACACAACAUGAAACCAUCUUUCUCUGCGGUUUUGUCUCAGUGUGCAAAGACUUGACCUGAGAAUUAGUUGGCUUCUUUGCAUUCACCUGAUCCUCCAGGUAUACCUGCCUUACAUCUUUGAUUUUGGAGGUAAACGUCACAGAGGAGACCAUCAGCUGUGUGUCAUAAUCUGAACCUACUUUAAAGCUGUUCUCUCUGCCAAUUACCUCACAAACCCUGGGAAAUGAUACUGUCAUCUGUUACAACCAGCAUCGAGUCAAUCUACCGUUCGAUGAACAAACAAAACUUCACUUUUUUACAUCUUUAUUUGCACUCAUGAGAAUGAUCUCAAAGGCAGGCUUUAAUGAAAGGAAAGUCUUACAUAAAGAGAGGAUCUAGAUAUGAAAAGUAAAUAUGAUCAUUAUGAGCAAAAGAAAAAAAAGUUUGUUUUUUCCCCUCGAGUCUAUAAAUGAAGACACAAAUUAAGUCUGGAGUUGGUUGCGACUGUGCCAUCCUGCUAUUUGUGUUCCUUAAUGACUUUCUAAUUCCUCAUCAGUGGGUAGCGAGCCUCCACAGCAGGCAGACAGGGAGCAGUGGCAGGGUGCCAUACAGGAACAGGUGCUCCUCCAUGUCGUGCUUAUGCUGUCCGUAGGCCUCGGUUACAUCCUGUUGGUUGAUUUUAAAUUGGGAGCGUUUCAGCGGGUUCACUGCGUACGCUCUCAGCCUCACAUUUUCUGUUUUAACCUCCGAGUGCUUGUCUUUGACUCUGAAUACUCAGUUAUUUUUGGACUAUGCCAACUUGGCUAGCUUUGUUUUUUAACACAUUGGCAAGGUAGGCUGCCCCCAUCAUUAGUGAGCAGGGAGAGAAAGUAGGCCACGUUUAGCAGCUCUCACUGCAGAGACCUUUGAAUGGUGACGCCAAGAUUAGUGCUCCGAUCCAUAAUAAUGCUUUAACAUACUAAAACUGUAGACUGCACCACCCUUACAUUGUUUAGUAUGCAACAUUUGUUCAGUAUUAAUCAAGUGGUAAAACUGUUAUGGUUCAAGUCCAGAUCAGAUUUUUUGCUGUUUUCAACCGAAUUUUUAAGUUAGCGCUCACUUUGCUGAGAAGUUAAAGAAAAAAAGUCAAUUUAAAAGUUUUUAAAACAGCACUUUGCUAGCUCAGGUUUGUAUUUAGAUACAAAGAAUAUACAGUGACUGACCUUUAAAAAUACCAUGUUUGACUGACACAAUCGACACAACCUAAUUUGGAGUCUUACGGAUGUUGACCAACAUGUAUGGUUUGGUAGAUGCACAGAGUAGAGCUGUAUUAGACUCCAGUAGAUCUUUCGUUUCUGUUCCCAUCAGCUCUGUGGCGAUGUAACAGUCAUAGGAGUAACUCUGACUCUGAAGAUCUUAACCCAUCACUUCUUUUCAUCACUGAUUUUAUUCCUAACAUUUACACAAACGCAGUUUUUUUCUCAUACGUUAUACAAAAUAUUCUCAGUUCUCGCUAUAAUGUUUUACUUCUUAUUAGUUGUAGUUCUAAUUCAAAACAGGUUUGAGUUAUGCAGCGUUCGAGUUACCGCGGAAGUCAGAUGUCGGAGUUCCUAGCGUUUCAGUUACCAAGUCGGAAAAAAGCAAAAUUGUAAAGUUUAUUUUCACGCUUGCCUUAUAUUCGGACAAGGCAAGCGCUAAAAUAACUUUCGUAGAUUUAGGCAUCUUGUUUCCGACUUUCCGAACUCAGGUGUGACGUCAUUUUCAGCUCCGACCUCUGACUUCCGAGGUAACUCAAACGCAGCAUUAGUUUUGGUCAAACAGUUUAACUCUCAGGGUCAUGAACUAAUAUCUAGCUUUAACACAGUUUAAAGCCACUGUAAGGAGUUUUCAUACCGUGUUGAUUCUGGUGACCCCUGAGCACUAAAUGCAUCUUCCUUAACAUCUCUCACAGGCUGUAUUAUCAACUACCUUUAAGACAUGGCUCUUGUUAAAGUGUGCAAUUACUGUGGAAGAAAUGACAUGAAUAAAUAUCUGUACUGUACUAUGUAUAGAUUUAUAGGUAGAUUAGCUAAAUUGAUGUCAUGGUGGCAAAACUUCGUAAACUCUGAUUUAUCACCUUCAGUUAGCUCACAUUAGAGUAUCAGACGCACUCAUUUAAAGGUACAGCUGGUAGAAAUGGAAAUAUUUAGUGGUAUCUUGUUGUCAUACUCAAGAUUAGAAUAGCUCUCUUGUUCACCCCCGUCAUCGCUGAAGUGACCCGAUAAAGGUCAAAACUCAUAUGUAAGUUUGUCCAUUCUGGGCUCCUGUCAGACCAAGAUAAUAACAAUAAUAAUAAUAAUAAAUUUUAUUUAUGACGCGAUUUGACAGAUGUUCAAAGACGCCUUAGAAAGAAAAAGAAAAAAUUAAAUAAAAUUAAAAAAAAAAAAUUACAGAAAAUUUUGAGACAUAAAACCAACGAUGUAAAAGGUUAAAAACGACACAAUAUGAGAAGACAAUAAAAGAACAGUUCAUAGGUUAAAAGCCAAUUUAAAGGAGUGAUGGUUCACAAUAUAUUUAAGUCUUUUAACUCUAAUUAGAACAUAAUUAUGGAUCUAACUUUUGCUAAUCCAGCUGCAGGAUCAAGAAAUUUAUUCAAGAAAACAAAACUCCUUUUGCGUUUUAACUUCUCCCUGACAAACUUUACCAGCAGAGAUCUAAACAUAGACACUUCAGGCUGAGUGCCAAAUAUCAACUCGGCUUUUUUUAGUGGAAAACCUGCAGGCACUACAUUCAGUAUGAAAUAACCCGUCUUGUCGCUGAUAAUCUCAUUUUACUGUGAAGUUUAUGAAGAGGCAUCAAUAAAAGAGUGACUCCUAAAAUCAGUUAAAAGCUCCUCACAGUGUCUUUAACUUUCUAAUUUCUUACUCCUCAUAAGUCCUGUGUGUUUUAUUCCUUCUUCCUCGCUCCUCUUUAAGUCUUCACUCUGGUCAAUAAUGACAUCCAGGUCAGCCGUUUUUUUCCUUCAUCUCCCUGGAAUAUUUUACAGGCUUGGCAAAAACACUGUUCAGGGAUUAUUUUGCUGCCAGACUCCAACGUACAUAACAGUAAGAAAUGCUUCUUUGCAAGACUGAGACUCGUGGAAGUCCGUCGAGACUGCAGGCGAGGGACUAAUCAAGUUUACUUACAAGAUUAGGAAGCAGAAGCAUUUAUUUACCUUGAUCAGCUGUUGUCAGCUCUUCCCUCUUUAUAGUGCGUUUUGCCUCUUUUAUGAAGUCUCUUAAGGUUAUUAAUUGAAAAUCAGAUCGUGGAGGCGCUGGGAUAUGUUUGUGUUGAUGACUAAAACCGAGCCUUGAAUUACACCGAUAUUAAAAACUCAUCAAAUCUGCAUAUGUGGAGGCAAAUGUGGUUUUACCAAAAUGUAAAUCUGGUUAACCCUUAAAUCAAAACCAGCAGGAUGAAGAAUCUCAUUUUUGAGGAUUUGUUUCCAGCGAUAGAACGAUCUUUCUUCAAGUUAAGAGAGGAUUACAAUCCCCUGACGUUUUAUUAUUGCAAGAGUAUGACAGAGCAUUUGGUAUAUUUACAUUUUUAUUUAGCCAAUUACAUGAAGACAAUACAGACACACAAUUCAGGCGAUGAGUUCACUUGCAGGGGAGAGGGGAGGGUGAGGAGAGUUUGAGGGGGUUAGGAGGGAGGCUGGUUUGAGAGUGAACAUUCAACAAUAAACAACAAAAAUAGAGCAAAAGUAAAUGUUUUAUUGAAGGGUAAAGAUGUUGUUUCCCCUCUUAGACAGGAGAUUGAUCAGAUGUUCCUCCUGUGAGUGAAAAAAGGCAAAUAUGGAUGUGAGGCCGUGUUGAUUUUCUUCCUUUAAAAUAUCAGAUAAAAAAUUUGAGUAGUAAGGAAUCAACCACCAAACAAGCAGCUAAGAGCAUGCUCAAGGAAGUGUAGAAAAUACCAGACUGAGAAGGUUGGUAUUGACUGCAUUGUAGGUCUUUAUUGUCGCCAUAACUUAAAAAAUGUUGAUUGGUCCUUUCACACCAGGAGCGUUUUUAUCGUGGGAUUAUUUCAAACGUCAAUAUUUUUUUGUCCUGCGAUAUUGCGGCAUUUAUUUUUUCGUAUCACGGUCAAUUUUUCAAGUUUUUCAAGUUUUGCAUACUGUGUUUCCACUUCUGACCAAUCAGAUUACGUGUUGUUGCAACAUCUGAUUCACCGGUAUAUCCAACAUGGCCGACCGGCUGAUUGUUUACGUGUCGGAGAACAGAGUGAUUUUUGAUAAAAGACACAAAUAUUACUAAGAUAACAACCUGAAGGACAACUUGUGGAGAGUCAUAGCGUCGGAUUUCUCACAUGAUGAUGGUUUGUGUGCUUUAACAGUUUGCUAAACGUCUUUGUUUCAACUUUCAUCUGUGCUAAGUAACUUUAGCUCGUAAGCUAACCUGUUCAGAUACAACAUACCAUAUAUAUUUUCACUGUAAACUCAAACUCAAUCGGUCUCGGUUGUUACCUUACAUUUAUGGAUUAUAGUUUAAUGUUCUUAUCUGGUUCUGGCCCUGACUCAGUACAUGCUAUCAUGACAGACAUCUCAACACUAGAGUCUGAUCAGAACUGAAAACACUCAGUCUGCUGUUGUGUCAGUCUUCUCGCUUCCACCCAGGACGCGUCUUCCUCCCCCCCCAGAAAGUCGCAAAAUCGCAUCGGGCUUGAUGUGUAUAGUCAGGCUCGUCAAAAUUCGCCUCUGAAUAUUUCGUAAUUUCACAUCGUAUAUUUGCGUCGUUCCCGGUGUGUAAGGACCUUUUAAAACCAACUCCCAAAGUGCUGCAAUUUCCCAUAUUUGAAGCUUUAAACACUUUCAGAUAAUCAGAACAUUUAAGAGAAGACAGAAAAACCACGAGUCCUUUCUUCACUCCUGCAACGUGUCGAAUUCCUUCGAGGAAAACUGACUCGCACACACUUCGCUAAGUCUGUCGGCCAUGACACCUCUCCUCCACCAAGCUGGUCAGAUCACUCACAGCAACAUAACAGCACACAUCCACCGGGCCUCCUCUGAUCUCACCCGGGAAGGAGACAACACUUUCAUAUCAACACCCUGUCAUCUCUCGACGUGCCAUCUCCCCCUUUGAAGGUACACUGGCAUUGUUGCAGUUUCUCACAUGUGAAACUCCGGCUUUUAUCAGUCUGUUUUCUUGGGACCAGGAGGAGAGGAGUGGGAGAUGAAGGAAGCGGUUUCGUUUUAACUCGGACCCACCAAAGUGGAAAGAAAACAGCGCGUUGACAGGCGUGUGAAAGGAGCACCCGCGGGUCAACCGGGGGAAGUCGUCACGAAGAGAGGGCUCAGCGGCGGUGGAGCAGGUAUCACCGCUUGUGUACAAAUCUAAAGACCGCUUUCUCGGGGCUGAAAUAGAUCACUGUCGGUCCGGAUUUAAUGUGAAACUUACUAACGCGCCACUGAAGAGUCUUAAGACACAAACUAGAGAGAUUCACUCCUUGUCCCGAAUUACCAGCCAGCUGUAAACUACAAGUCCCAUCCCACAGCAGGAGGAUCACUCCUCCCAUUAGCCUUGGCAAAGUGCCGACUACAAAUGCGAGAGCUGCGGUAGUCGGGAGGCCCAGUUGGGACAGGACCCUCUGUCACUCACGGCGACACAUGUCAUAAACUCAUUGUCUCGCCAUCAAUCCGGGGACCUAACCACCUCCACAGCAGAUGGAGGCCCAGCAGGAAGACAGGGGGCCGUGCCCUAAGCCUGUGCCCCACACAGAGUGCACACGGCAGGAGGACAAGGGGCCACAACUACGGGGGGAGCCCCUUACCCUGGACUGGACCUCCUGUGGAUACACCUCUGGAUGAAGUCCUAAUGCUGUCCGUGAUUAAUUAGACAGAAAUGUAAGUAUGCAGAAGCUGCCCUGUGAGUAAGAAGUCUCAUUUCAGGCCUGAAUCCGGACUGUUUUAAAGUUUUAAACCAUCGUUGGUCUCUGUUUUCUGUCAGCUGGAACUUUGCAUCACAUGAUUAAAACCAUAAAGGUCUAAAACCACAGCGAGCGAGUGCAGAGACCCCUCCCAAAUUUAGAAGUGAAAAUAGUGAUAAAUAUGGUCUGCAAGGAGUAAAGAUGUCUCGUCUCCCCUGAAUGGGGAUAUGUAAUGAUAUUCAUAAAGAGACCACCUACCGGGGGCACAAGAAAAACUGUUCCUAAGCAACAACAUACAAGCUCUUACAAGCUUCAUCUUGGGAAAUUUUGACCGGAUUGGGAUGCAAACAACAGAAAACCUUUAACUAGGCCACGUUACGAGUCUGCUCCCUAUGGCUGAAUAUCUGGGUGUCUCGUCUGGCACAAAUCCCUCGGCUAAUGAUACACACACUGCAUCUCAAACAAGGAAACAAUAAAGAGGGCGUAGACUGAAACAGAUCUUCACCUUCCAAACUGUCUGAAACAUCACGUUUGAGUCAAUUGAGUCUUCACAUUUUUAGCCUUUUUUUAAAGUGACUCUAAAACACGGGCCUAAACUAGAGGUCAAGCCGUGGUCAACCAAACCUCGUCGUUUCCUCUCUCCCUCCAGCACUCAAAAUCCAUUUCACAUCAUCACUUAAUGAGGAAACUCUGACGGCUCAGGUGCAUUAAAGAAGUUUGAUGCCCAUUUCAUGUAAUUAAUUGCUGAGUCCUGGCCAAGAAGCCGCAUCGUGGGAUUACAGAAUGUCAGAAAGGAAGAAAAAAGGCUGGAAGUAUAAAAUCUACCACUGAGGAUGUGAGCUGUAUGGACGAUUGUAUGAUGUAAAGCCAAAGACUGCUGGUGUCAAUGCACCACUUCUAUCCAGCUGUCAUCUGCACAGUUUGUGUUUAAUGGCGAUAGAUUAAGCGGCGAUUCUUUGCGCCGCGCUCAAAUCUUAAGCGUGUUUUUCUAUUAUCCUUCUUAUCCGAAAAACUGGCCUAAAAAAAACAAUUACGGCUUCAUAAUGAGUGACGUUUGUUUCUUCCUUUCCUUAAUUACAAUUAAUCAAAGUCUGCAGAUGACUUAAAAGCGCCGCUCUGUGACGGGAUCACGCAGGUCAACCAAAAAAAAGAAAGGAAAUUCAAAUCUUCUGGGUACAGCACUUCUAGGAAAGUGAUCAAAGAGGAAAAUAAAGCACACAGUUUUAAAAUCCUGUGAUGGACCCUCCUAAAAAAUCUAUCACUGCGUCUGCAAAUCGGCGCUUUAAGGUGCAAACGUUAAAAAUCCGUAUUUUCAGCCGUCUAUAGAAAGAGUAGAACUGCUCUCUCAAUGCUGAUCUGAAUCAGGUUUUGCUGUCACUAAUUGACUUCUCUGUGAGCAGUGUGGCUGAGCACUUCAUCCUUUGCCAUGUUUGAGAAAGAGGUCAGCAGAAAGGCUUCACUGCCCUCUAGUGGUGAAAAAUCACUACCUCCGUCUGCUGCGUGUCAGGGUGCAGCAAAAAGAGUCGAGAUGUGUGCAUCAAGAGAAAAGUAAGGACACGUUUGCGUCGAUAAUAACGAGCUGUACCUGAUGAGUGUGAGUUUGAUGGAGCGCUUUUCAGGCGUUCGAGGUCUGGGAAGAACUGGGAGGUGGUCAGGCAGCUCUUCUUCAGGAUCAGACUUAAUAUGAACAUGAAUUUAUGAGAAAAUCAGGACAUCUCAAAGUGCAGCAGAGACAUAGAAGUUCAAAUCAGCAAGGCUACUUCGCAUACCGGGUUAAAUGUUGGUUCUGGUGGAGAGCCCGUUUCUUGGACUGGCUCCUCAUCACGUUUGAACCUCUUGGAGGACGUUUCCGGUUCAGGAGAGUGAGGUCUCUUGGUGCUUGUCUCAGUCGCUGAUUCCUGUGAUCGAAAACAUUUAAGUCACUUUUUUAUGAAGAGUUGUCUUGGUUUGAUUCUCUCUAGCAACACGAGAUCUGCGCUUGCUAUAAAUAAUUUGUAGUCCAGAAAGUAUCUGCACCUAGAGCCAGUUUAGGCGCCAUGAUAUCAUCACAAGUUGUCAUUUUACACCUACUUGUUCUGCAUUUGCACUGAGAUCCACAUUAGACCAAAAUAUCUCGACAAAGUUCUUUCUCAUCUACAAAAGCAGACGGUUCACCUCCUCAGCACUCGUCCUGUUUGCUUGUAUCAGAGGUCGAGGACAGUCUUUUCCUUUUUGACCUGUUUGGCCUCCACUACAAGGCGCCAUGUUGGAAAUCCGUAAUAGAUUGUACACCAUUUGGCUGUUUGUAGGUAUCAUCCACUUUCGGUCCACCCUCCGCAGAUAUAUGACGGAUACGAUCGCCCCGUUUUCAGACAUCUCAUAAGUCUCUGAAAGACGACGGACUGCAGGAAGAGAAAUCAGAAGGUUAUUUAUCAGAUCUCAUGGCGGUGCUGCUUUUAUUUUGAGUAUUUAAAAACAAACAAAUAACCUACUGUGACUUUUGAGGGGUUCGAGCUCUUCCAAUAAGUCGACUUUUCUGUAUUUGAAAUUCUCCAUAUUGAAGAUAAGUCCAAUAAGCCAGUGUGUGCUACGUCUUUAACAGACAGAAACAAAUUAUUAAUGUUUGAAACACAGUUUACAACAAUAAAUCUGCUGAGUCUUAGAGACAGAUAUCAACUAUACGUCAAUAAAAUAAGGAUUAGAUAUCAUGAUUGGUCGCUCCCUGGCAUGAAACAUAAAGAUAAAGUCACGUGUUCUUACUCUUCAUCCCUUUUUCGUUCAGGGAAGGGUUUUAUGUGAACGUGGACCCGAGAAAAAAGCACAUUCCUCUCCAGAGUUCUCACCAGGAGUCUGAUUUUAGACCUAAACAGGUUGACCCUGAUGGAGCGAACAGAAAACAUAACGCUCAGAAAGACAAAAAAAAAGCCGAACAGAAGCUGGAAAUAAAAUAUUUAAGCUGUUUUCUCCCUCAAAGAGAACCACAGGCGUGAAUAAGACGCGCUCUCGCCCCGAAGAUGUGAGAUACUCCACAAAAAUGUCUACAUUUGUUCCAGUUUCUCUCAAACUCGGCCUCACAUGUUCGUUGCUCUGUGUACUCACCAGCCUGCAUGCUUCUUCAGAGGUGACGUUAGUUCCAGCUUAAUGAAAUGCCUGGAAAAAUAAGACACAGAACAAUGGCGAUAGACGGCACAAGGCUAGAAGUGUACUGCAUUAAUCAUACUCGCUGUUACAUCCGCCGUUGAAGGAAUUCAUGAUCAAUAUCAGAAGCAGGAACCUUAACACAACUAAACAAAGGUGGAAAGCUUUUCUUUGUUGAGACAUUUUCAAGGCGAAACCUCCGCUGACUUCUGCGUGCAUCAGUUUUAGUGAAGUCGCUGUUAAAUCAAUACGCCUUUCUUAAUCUGAAAACAGCCUCAUUACUGAUACUAAGUCUGUUCUUAUGCUGCAGGAGCUUCAAAUUGGGUCAUCUGAGUAAAUCAGAUCAAGAGUUUCAGUCAAAACUGGAAAAAGUGAUCAGGAAUUACACGUUACAACAAGUGCAAAAGAAAGUACAGCACACACACACACACGUCUAAUACGGAUUCAAAUCUCCAACCAUCAAUUUCUUACACCACUUGAACAUGCUGAAGGCCACGUUUUCAAUUAGAAGUAGCAAACCCAAGUGUCAAAGUCAAUAAAAACGACAUUAUUUAACCGUUAUAUUGGGUACAAACUCAAUCGUCUAUUGUCUGCACACAAUAAAAAAUAACCAAACCCACAAUAAUUCCAGCAGAUUGCAAAAGUUUGUUUUAUGCAUCAAUUACACAACAGGCACCGGCAUCUGGAGAUUCAUGCAAAACAAAAACAUGAAAACCAAAACCAUAUCAGCUCAGAUUUGACAGAUUUCCAGAGUUUCUUUAGAGCUAAAAAUCACACAAAAUAAACAGCUUUACCAAAUCAUAUCAUACAUUCAAGUCCAUAUAACACAGACUAACAAACACAAACCAACACAUAAAUUGUACACCAUGUGCUUCAAGUCAAUUGAUGAGCAUAAUACGAGAUGAGGUAGAGGAAUAAAAAUGUUUUAAACUCUUUUAUAGGGUUUGCUUUUAUUACAGCCAAAUCCAUACAGAUCUUAAUUUAAGGUAAAGAUGAUAUAAAAUCUAAAAUCUCAUACAUGUAUGUUACAAAAUUAUCAAGUACUACAGUAAAACCUAUGUCUAUUUGAGAUAUUUAACAUAAAAAGUCACAAAAACAACUUCAAAAUCCAUAUUCAAAAAAGUAUCAAGUAGAUAUCUGUGUUCCUCAAACUUCAUGACACAUACUUGUACUGAUCGAUAAAGUCUGCAGUUUCAAACAGUUUGGUCCACUUCUCCUUCCCCUCCUGGAUACCUUCACAGAUUUCAUAUCCUGUGAAUGAGGAGGACAAACGUGUUAAAGCCUGAGCUUUAAAACUGGAGUUAAAAGGUCUGAGCUGAGUGACCGCGUACCUCUCUUGAUCUCCUCCAUUAUAACGGUCAAAGUGGAGAAAGACACGCUGCAGGUGGAGUUCUGCUGUGGGUACGCAGGGGUGAUAACGGGCAUGAGGUGGUAGCGGUCGCCUCGGUUGACCUGGAAAUACAGAUGAAGACAGGACUGUCAGUGUUUCAGCUUUCAGGAACAUGACUGACAUGAUUUUACAUUAGCAGCUGGUAAAAAUCCUGCAGAGGACUUACUGUGGGGUUCCAAACAGGGAAACCGAGCCCACACUCUACUCGUGGCUUUAAUUCAACAGGGAUCGGCCACUGCCUGAGAGAAAACACAAGAACAGAUCUCACAUCAUGAUCAUUUUUAUUAUCUUAAAGGGGACGAUAAAAAUGAAUCAACUCACCACAUAUUGUAGACUUUGAAGAACUUAAACACUAAAGUGGACGCUGCAGCAUUUGGGUACAGCUGACAGACUCUGGCUACCAGUAUGGCCCAUGAAACUCCACCCAGGAAGCCAUACAUGUUGGAGUAGAUGCACCGUCCUGAGGAGAGAAUAAAGGAUGACAACAGGGUUUAAUUUUUUACUUACUUUCCUAAAUUGCUUUAGAUUUUAAUUCCACUUUUACUCAAAGCUCCUUUUAGUCUGAGUCAGUUUUUGGUUAUUUUGGGGGUGCUGGAGCAUCUUCGGGCGAAGGCAUAGGACACCCUGGACAAGUCACCAGUUCAUCGCAGGGCUGACAUAUAAAGACUAACAACCAGCCACACUCACAUUCACACCUACGGGCAAUUUGAAAGUGGCCAAUUAACCUAACCCCACUCAGGCAUGUUUUUGGGAUGUGGGAGGAAACUGACGUAAACCCACGCAGACACAGGGAGAACCUUCUUGACCUUCUUGCUGUGAGGUGACAGUGCUAACCACUACACCACUGUGCCGCCCCAAUUGGGAGUGUUUCAUGUGUAAAUUGUAAAAAACUGGUCUGUUUCCCUCACACCCAUUUCAGGCCUUAAAAAUCAUGAUACAUAAAUAAUCGAUCUUGUCAGUGAUGGUCUUGAUGGCUUUUGUAUAUUAAUGAAAAGCAUCAAUGUGAAUUUCAGUCUAUUUUAAAGAAAGUUCCCUCACUACAUGAACGCUCGUAGAGGGGUUUCACUUCAAUCACUGCUGUAAAUACCGUUAAAAUGUGCAGCUAUGUAAAUGAAAUCUAAAAAAUAGGAUUUGGUUUUGAACGUGUGAAUACAUUCUUCAGGUUUAAGUGCACAUUAAAGUGUACGACAAAGUGCAUUAAGCUUCCACUUCCAAAUGAAAUUAUUUCAGAGGCGGCAAGCCUAUGAGCCCAUUAAGCAAAGACCAACACUUAAAUAAUAAUAACAAGACAGCAUGAACAAUGGUUUAAGUGUUCCGGCUCAUAAUAGACAUCCUCUUUAUUCAAACUAUAAAGCCCAGCAUCAUGUGAUUGUGUUACUCACGGUUUGCCCACAACUUGAUGGCUCUCAGAGUCAGUCUGAAGUUAGAAACAUCUGGCACGUUCCUAAGAAUCUCCUCUGAGACUCUAAAGCCUUUAAAAAAAAAAAGGAGAGAAAAGAUUUAUGCAGAAUGUCAAGCAAACGAAAACAGAGUCAGGUUCUGACUUCUACCUAUGCUUACCGUUGAGACUCCUGACACACCGUGUAUCAAGACCCACAAUUAUAUCGUCAUCAAGGAGGUUUAUGUUUGCAGGGACGCUCUUCAGGCGCACCACGGCAAAAACCAAGUCGAUCUAAACAUCGAUGAAGACACAAAGGAGGCACAAAUGCAUGUAAACAAAACCUGUAAAUGAAGGAGUACAACAGGUAUGUGUUUUCAUUUCUCUAACUUUACCUCAAUCCUCUCGUAGGUGAGUUUGAUCAGCGGGACAAACGCCUCUUCAACGGCCUGAAGAAACAUCUUUACGUCACUAAUAAUGAGUGAUUCGUGCGCACAGAUUCAUUCACAGUCAAUCAUAGGCCGUACCUUUAAGCCUCUGACCUUUUUAUGAGAUUUAAGCUUCUCAUAAAAGGAGGUGAAGAAGUCUUUCCUCUCCAGAAAUCCAGGGCCAACACAGAGGAUGUCAAUAUCAGCACCUGUGAAAGCAGCAGACGAAGCCUCUCCUGAAAUUAUGUAACCCCCCUUUUAUCGUUCCAUAUUUAAGAUGAGAGACUUCACACACCUUUGGCAUGCACUCCCAGAUGAUAGGAGCCAAAUGGGAAAAUCUUGCCCCCGACAUCUGUUCGUAAUACAUCAGACAAGUUCUGAAAUUAGAAAACAAGUUACGCUUAAAAUACACGAUCAAUGCAGGAGGAAGUUUUCAGUGUCGCAUUUUGAAACAACAAAAAGACGUCUUACCAUUUCUUCACAGAUCUCUGUCAGCCACUCUCUGUAGAGUGACUCCAAGUUUUUGACAACGCUCUUCCUGCAAAUACGACAUGAGGAGCAGAUGAAUUAAAUGCAUUCGUUUAUCAAAAUUUGUCUCUUUUCUUGCUGUGAAAACCAAUCCGGGUAAAAGGCACAAAAGCAUUGUACACUCAGUCAAACCUCCAUGCUGUUUUUUUAAGAUGUGUCCCACCUGUGCAGGUGCUUGGACUCGGUCUCAAAUAUUCCACAUGAUUUCAUCUCAUCCAGCAUCUUUCCGGUCUGGAGCAGGUCAUCCUCUUCAAACAUGUCCUCAUUUACAGGUGGAGUUAACCCACACCAGCGGGAGGUGUCUCGUAGUAGUGGGAGUAGAACUUGGCUCCGUAUCUUAGUUGUUCGUCUGAAAAGUGACACUUGCGUGUUAGUUGCAUAAGUGGUAACACUUUACAAUAACCAUGACUUAUAAAUGGUAAAUAGACCAUUUAUAAAUGGUAAGCAGGUAGUUUAUUAAUGUUUAAUCAUCAUUUAUAAAGAGCAUAUAGACCACUAAUGGAUUGUAAAUUUUACCAUUUUAGAAACCUAACCCGAACUUUUCAAUAACCAUCUAAGUAAUGUUUAUAGAUAGUUUAUUAACCACUUAUUAAUCAUUUACAAAGUGCUACUGACACACAUUUUAAUCUAGAUGUUUUACAACCAAUAUUUAAACCCUAUAUAAACCUUUAAUCGAUAGUCCAUUAAUAAUGAAUGAAAAUUAUUAAUCAUAAUUUAAUUGCUUGCAAAUGGUAAAGUAACUACUAACUUACAUGAAUAAACUAUCUAUCUUCCAUUCAUAAUUGGUCUAUAUGCUGUUUUUAAAUGAUUAAACAUUAAUAAACUAUCUAUUAACCAUUUAUAAAUUACGGUUAUUGUAAAGUGUUACGGCAUAAGUUAUAAUGUAGACAGGACAUAUAAAAAUACAUAAGAAACCCUGACAGUUAGAAAUCUGCAAUAAAAUGAGUCAUGAAAUGGACAAACAUCAACUCAGUUGAAAUCAAAACAACUGUUCCUCACUUUUACCUGUUUUAAAGCAAAAACAAAACAAAACAUAUUUCUGUACUUACGCAGACAUUGGAGAGACAGGUCAGGGAAACGCUUGUUUUACUUUAUCGAGUCAGAGAUAUACGUCUGGUCCUCUCAGUAACACGAUGAGCUGAAAUCAGGAGUGAGACCUACUAACCUUGGUCAGGUUUGAAAAAAAAUAAAACAAAUAGGUUCAAAUAAAGCCUCAACUGGAUGUUUAUAUUUCUAAAGGAACUGUUGCUAAGGAAGUCUACAUAUCAAAAGGCCUGUGCAGGUUUAAUUAAGAUAAUUUAAGAUAACUGAACUGCUUUUAAAAUUCACUUUAAAGGUAACCUAAAUCGAGCUGUUUACAAUAUAAGCUAAUAACUAACAACUGCAGUCAAGUCAGUCGCACCUCGUUUUUUUUUCGUAGUCAACUCAACGCUUGAAUUUUAAGUGCACAUCUAUUGGGAUAACUACGGUAGACGCUCAGACUCCUGUGCAAGGAGGAGUAAAAGUGAAUGGUUUUGUUCAGUUUUUAUAGUUCCCCUAUCUUAGCAGGAGUGUUAAUCCAUAUUUUUUUUCUGUAGAUCUUUAUUGCCUUUUGUAUCAUAUUUGAUAUAUACUUUUAUAUGUACUUCUAUCAAUCAAUAUGAUCAACAAAUUACUAAAAAAAAAAACACCUUAAUACAGCUCCAAAAAAAAAUGAAUUUUCUGGCCAUAAUUUGUGGUGUCAAACAUUAUAGGGUUAACUAGUGGUGAAAUGUAGCUCAGAGUCCUCAAACACUAGAGGGCGCUUUAACCCAAUGAUAAUUUACUCAAAAGCUGUCAGUUCACCCAGCAUUAAUCCACUCAUACGGUCACUAAUGAAAAGUCAUCUCAUAAGUGUCUAUGUAUUUCUCAUUUCCAGCUCUAACUAAACUGUAGACUGUUUAUAAUGGUGGUGUGCUAAAAAAUAUUCAGGGCCAGUAAAUAAAUAAAUAGAUAAAUAAAUAAAUGGUUUACCUCAUCAUCACAUGAGUCAUACACUGCAAAAACUAUCAAUUGAAUCUAAUUUAGAAAAUGAGGUCUCGGUGUCUGUACAGAUUUUGGUAGAUAAUUAUGGCAAAUGUGAAGCUUUUCCUUGACAUAAUGAAAUGAAAUGAAAGAAGCAUUCUGAUUGUCUUAACAAAAGGUAUACUGAUUAACCUGUUACAGGGAGCAUUUUGAUUGGUAUAACAAAAAAAGCCAUCUAAUUAACUUCAGGUAGAAAGCCUUCUUAUAGGCCAAGUAAUAGGAAUCUGUGAUUCAACAGCAGGAUGAGGGUGUGAAAUGUGUCCUUCAGUUGCGGUGUGAAUGCAGACAGGAAAUAUAGGAUGCCUAACAGAGGAAUGUGUCUUUAUCUUGGAAUGUGGUCAAAAAAUGUCAGACUGCCCUCUGUGUAAAGGCCUACCUGAGUGAACAAGCUCUCUGUUUAGGGUCUCCAUAGUGCUGUUAACUACUACAUCAAUCAAUCAGUCUUUAUUUAUACAGCACUUUUCAUACACAACCAUGUAGCACAAAGUGCUUUACACAGAAGAAGGAAUAAAAGACACAAAGAAAACCCCAAAUCUAAUCUAUCUCUCUGUAUUCCUCUCCAACCCAGCAGUGGCCUGGCAGCUGUCUAACAUGAGUCUGGUCCUACCCAAGGUUUCUGCCUGUUAAAAGGAAGUUUUUCCUCACCACUGUCACUCAUGUUAGAUGAGAUUGGCCAAAUCUCAUCUUAGGUUGGUCAGUGACUGUGGUCGGUUAUUGAGGUCAGUUAUUGUGGUCAGUUAUUGUGGUCAGUUAUUGUGGUCAGUUACUGUGGUCAGUUAUUGUGGUCAGUUACUGUGGUCUGUUAUUGUGGUCUGUUGUUGCUCUUUUUCUUUGGAAAGCAUCUUGGGAUGACGACUGUUGGGAAUUGGUGCUAUACAAAUAAAUUUGAUUGAUUGAUUGAUUGAUUACUGCUCUAGUUUUAUUUACACAAAGGAUGUAAAUAAUAUGACAUGGGGCCAACAAACUGUAGUGAAGGAUGUGAAAAGGUAUUUAAAAAGUUGGCCUCAUAGCAGGAAUGUAGUAGUUACCUGUUUUAUUGAGAUUUUUUUAUUUAUUAUUAAUGACCUCUGUAAAAUAUCUUAAAGCCCACCAGAGUCCAGAGUCUAAUCUAAAGUUACUGCAUUGUGGUAAAAUCAGUGUAAUUGUUUGAAGAUAUUUUCAUGAUCUUGAAAUGUUGAAUAAAUCUAAACUUUUUCACAAGACAACCCCUAUCAGAUAGAAGUCCUUUGAGUAAAAAUAUGUAUCUACUUUAAACUGUAACGAACAAUAACUGUGCGGUAACUACAGGCGACAGCGACGUUUCCGGGCAGAGUUCAUUUUUCCAGAGAGCCGUGAACGCAUCAGGAGAAAUGAAUUGAGGUGUUGAGAAGGACGAUGAAAACAAAAAUGGACAUCGAUCGAAAAUAACCAGGUAAGGCUGCAAAUUCAUAUCCUCAUGUAUGUUAUCCAUGAGUACAACUACAUUAUAGCGACAAUGCAACAACUAAGAUUGUAUUUAUCGACCGUACAGACUGACGUUUUGAACGCAGACUGCUAGUUCGGUUGCUAAGUUAGCUUCAGCAGCUUAGAUACGACAGCUAGCGUUAUUAGCUGUGUGUAACAUUGACGCUACAAAAACUGUUCAUUAAGGCUAACAUCGUUGGCGGUACAAACUAUCUUUUGUUGUUUUAAAGACAGUUGAAUAAACGAGUUUAACGUUUAUCGCAGCCGUCACUCCCCCUCCCGACCCUGUCAGAUAUGUCGGUCAGCUGUUAUUGUUAUUGCUCUGUUACUAUAACCGAACAGCAGCCAUUAUGUUAUCUACAAACACAGAGAUUAUUGUAUUAUAUUAUAUUAUUAUCAGUGAGGAAUCAAAUAUCUGCGGUUAAUACAGAUAUAGAGUCGACAUAGUUGUAACUGUGGUGGUUAUUGGAUUCAGUUGAUUCUUGAGUUGCGUUUAACGGCCUCAGGUCGGCGCUGUUAUGUGUUGACUUGUAUCCAAGGAGGUCAAUUAAACAGCUUCAUUCUGUUCAGUCUAAUUCUAAAUGGAGCACUGACCAGUUUCAUUUUAACACCAAAUCUGAUAUCUGAUGAUUAUUUUAACCCUAGAACACUUUCACUACUUGUCAUCAAAAUAUAUCAAAAUAGGACAAUACAAGACAAAUUAAAGUAGUUUUCUUUUAUUUUUAACUGUGCAAUGAGGGGAUGCAACAAAAUAAUUGAAAGUAGGCAUUCAUUUUCAACAAAAAAUUCCUAAAAUAUAUAUUUAUAUAUAUAAACUGUAAACUUAGUUCCUUUUCCACCCGUUCCUGGGGCCUGUGGUCAAGCGCAACAAGCACAGAUUUAGAAAAAUUACAAUUAAUCCAGAACAGAGCUGCAAGACUAGCACCGAACUGUGAUAGAAGAACUAGCAUCCACAAAAUUCACAUGACAUCAGGCUGGUCAUUGGUGAAAGAGAGGAUUACUGUGUCAAAUUUUAGUGUAUAAAAGGCCAAAUGUUUUGUUUAAUCAAUUGUUGUUCAUAAUUUCAACACAAGGCAUGCAUCAAAUGGUUAUUUCACACUUCCACUCAUCAAUGCUAACUCUGGACAGCAUACUGUUGUGUUCAGAGGUAUGAAAAUAUGGAAUAGUCUUCCUUCUGUUAUUACAAAGUUAACCAGUAAACAUGUGCUAUGACAUACUCAUCUGCUCAGUAUGGACAAGGUAUGUUGAAGUGGGGGCCAUUUUUGUGAGUGUUAUCCACAACCUUCUUUUAUUUUUGUGAAUUUCACAAAAGCGCAUCCUUUUCCUCCAGGCUGUCUGGGUCAGACCUCUGACUGGCACCGCACAAGGAAACGUGAGGGGAGAAAAACAGAAGGACAGCACCAUGGAGGCUCGCUUCGGUAAUAUCGUGUUUAGCUCCAAGUUUGACUCGGGUAACCUGGCUCGUGUGGAGAAGGUGGGGAAGGGCAGCAACAGCCCUUCUAGCGAUGUAGCUCCGGCUGCGCCAUCAGGGUCAAACGUCACCCCUGACUAUGAGUUUAACGUGUGGACGCAACCCGACUGUGCCGGCACGGAACAUGAGAAUGGAAACAGGUGAUAAAACUCUUGGAGUAUACAAACAAACAGUUCAUUCAUAUCUUUUAUACUGUCUAAAAAUCCUUGUUUUUGUGUUCCAGGUCAUGGUUUUACUUCAGCGUGAGGGGUGCAGCACCUGGGAAGCUGCUGAAGAUAAACGUGAUGAACAUGAACAACCAGAGGAAGCUCUACAGCCAGGGCAUGGCUCCUCUUGUGCGCACCUUACCUGGCAAGAACCGAUGGGAACGGAUCCGGGACAGGCCCACAACUGAGGUUAAAUACACGAACUCUGUGGCUAGAGAAGGAGUUUUGCUGUGAAUCUUUGAAUCCUGGCAGCUCUUAAUAUCAUCCUUCCUUUUCUUCUCCAGAUUGUAGAUAACCAGUUCAUACUGUCAUUCACUCACCGGCUGUUGGAGGUGCGAGGGGCCACCACCUACUUCUCCUUCUGCUUCCCGUUCUCCUACACUGAGUGUCAGGAGAUGCUGCAGCAGUUUGACAAAGGCUACUCCAACGCUGCUCAGCUCAGCCCGAGCAGGUACCAGGAGACUAAAUUUAAAGUUAUUUAAAGACUUUUAUUUACAGUUUUCUUUGCCUAACUUGUAAAAUUUCUGAUUUUCAUCUCAUGACUGAUCUACCUGUCAGCGCUCCGGAUACCGUGUAUUACCACAGGGAGCUGCUAUGCAAAUCCCUGGAUGGAAACAGGGUGGACCUGCUCACUGUGACCAACUGCAGUGGGAUGCUGGAGGAGAGAGAACCGCGUCUGCCGAAUCUGUUUCCCGACACCAACACUCCAAGGCCGCACCGCUUCCCCGGCAAAAGGGUGAACACACUCGUCUUAUCCAACUUUACUAGAUUUGAACGAUGACUUUGAGCUGAUGUGGAUUUACAGGAUAAAUCAAAACACUGACGCUGACUCCGGUUCCUCAUGUGCGUUUGCAGGUGUUUUUUCUCAGCAGUCGAGUGCACCCCGGGGAGACGCCGUCGUCCUUUGUGUUUAACGGUUUCCUCAACUUUAUCCUGAGGAGAGACGACCCUCGUGCUCACGUGCUCCGAAACAUGUUUGUGUUUAAGCUUAUUCCCAUGCUCAACCCAGACGGUGUCGUUCGGGGACACUACAGGUGAGAGUUUUGCAAGUUCAGUCGUCACUGUUUCCAUAAUUUAAGAAACACAACUUACCUCUAAAACCAUCUAGUGGUACAGAGGGUUCUGUUUGUUUGUAAAAGAGCUGGAAAUAAGACAUAUUAAGACGUCUGUAGGCUGCACUUGGUUAUUUAUAGAGUAUACAGAGAACGCUGCCAAGAGAUCAGUGUUUUAACAGAGGAAACAUGCUCCUUACUCUUACAUCACUGAAGCGGUUUAUUCCUCGUUCAUGUGACAUGAGAAAGAGCAUCGCUUUAAUCACAUCAAACACACUCCUUGCUUCAAGACAGUAGACGAGUCAAAGGUCAAAUGUCACCUGCUGGUUAAACCUGUGACUCAGGUCUGCGCCUGUAUGAGGGGUACCAGUGAAUCUGCUCUGUAGGGCGGAGUAUGCCGCUUCCUCCAUGUAGACUGAUUCUACAGCUAAAGUGUGUUAAAGGGACAUUCCAGCGUAAAAUUAAUUUAGAGUCAAACAAACUGUAACACCGAGUUAGACACCCCCUCGAGAGGUGAAUUUUGUCAACUGCUUGCUUCAACUUCAUCAACAGGACAUAUAGGGUCCCAGCCAUAGUACUAGCCACCAAACAUCUUUUUACCUUUGCCAAAUUUCUUUCGCGGAGUUUCGCAGCUCAAGGAAGAACAUUUAUGAUCAUUUCUUCAUGGAAAUACAAUCAGACUGAGAUGCUAAGGCAGAAGAACUACUGUGUCUGCAGUGAAAAAUGAUUAAUAUGAUGAUUAUUACUUCAAGGAAAUGAUAAAGUUAUGAUCAUAAAUGUUCUUCCUUGAGCUGCGUAUCCCCGCUGCAGUCGAUGGACUCGUCCGAAGUGUUCCUACAAACAAGCCACAGGCCAGAAUAUCCCUUUUAAGUGGUCUCUGCUGUCGUCAGAUGCUGAAAUCUGUGUUUGUCUCUUUUGUAGGACCGACUCCAGAGGUGUGAACUUGAACAGGCAGUACCUGAACCCAAGCCCUGAGCUGCACCCUUCUAUCUAUGCAGCCAAAGCACUGCUGCUCUACCACCACACACACAACCGGCUUCACAGCGCACAGCCAAGCACUCACUGUAACCGCCCCCCACGUACCCGGACGCCUCCCCUCAACAUCAAACUCUCCAAUCAGCAUCCGCCUCCCUCCUACACCGCCCUCGAAGUCAGCUUGAAUCAACGCAACGCAGAGAUAGAUGCGAUUCCUGCGCUGCCAGAGGUUCCCAUGGUAACAGAGGAGAAUGUUUGGGUCACCACAGAUAUGGGGAAGGCGGAUGAGAACAGCUCAUCGAGCUCCUCGGAGACUGUAGCACCUGUUAAUGUGGAGGUUAUCGUAUCAGAGACUGUAGCACCUGUUAAUGUGGAGGUAACGAUACCAGAGGAGGAGGAACAGGAAAUGAUUCCACCCCAGGAGGGGGGCGUGGCUUAUUAUGUGGACUUGCAUGGCCACGCCUCUAAACGGGGAUGCUUCAUGUAUGGAAAUAGCCUUCCAGAUGAGAGCCAACAGGUAGAUUUUGAGAUUUUCUCGUUGAAGUAAGUUUUUCCUCUUCUCAGCAUGAGAAACUCAGCUCCCGUUCCUUCUCUCUCUGCAGGUGGAGAACAUGUUGUACCCACGUCUGAUCGCUGUGAACUCUGCUCACUUUGAUUUCCUGGGCUGUAACUUCUCAGAGAAGAACAUGUACGCACGCGACAAGAGAGACGGCCAGUCUAAAGAAGGCAGCGGGCGGGUGGCCAUGCACAAAGCUAUCGGGCUGCUUCACAGGUCAGAUUUGAACGGUCUUACCGAGUGACUUUAGGGGGGCUGCAGAAGCUCUGGAGACUAUGUGCACGCUUCUUCAAAAAGGCCAAUUUUCAACAUGUUUGUUUUAAAUAUAUUUAAGUAAAGAGAGUUUGGCAAAACAAAAACUGACAGGUGGAAUUCAGCUCUAUUAUUUUCUGAUACAUCAUUUUCUGACAACUAUGCACAGAAUUAUUCUCUUAUUUCUUUUAAAUUGUCAUUUGUGUAAAUGUUGAACAUGCUCCUGCUCCCUGGUCUCCACCAGCUACACUUUGGAGUGCAACUACAACACAGGAAAAACCAUGAACACCAUCCCACCUGCUUGCCACGACAGCGGACGGGCAACCCCACCGCCUCCUCCAUCAUUCCCUCCGAAGUACACUCCAGAAAUAUUUGAACAGGUAGGCCGUUUUUUUGUACACGAGUUUUUGGCAGUUUUAGAAUAUUUUUUAUUGAAAAUUUCCACUGAUCUUUAAAGGGAAACUGUAACACCGAGUUAUACACCACCUCAAGAGAUGAAUUUUACUGACCACUUGCUUCUCUAGUUAUACCAACUUAAGUAACGACCGCACAAUAGCAAUACACAGUGGUCUAAGGAGCCACACACUUACCUCAACCAAAACGCCCCUCUAUAGCCACAAAUAAUGCUCAGAACAGCACCUAACUUCAUCAACAGGACAUAUAGGGUCUCAGCCAUAGUACUAGACACCAAACAUCUUUGUAACUUUUGCCUAAUUUCUUUAGUAAAGACACUAAACACAACUCACCUACUCUCUUCCAGCAGCGGCUUGUUUGUAGAGAGACCUCAGGCGAGUCCAUUACGUACUGCAGCGGAGUUUCGCAGCUCAAGGAAGAACAUUUAAUGAUCAUUUCCUCAUGAAAAUGCAAUCAGACCGAGACACUAAGGCAGAAGAACUACCACGUCUGCAGAGAAAAUUGAUUAAUAUGGUGAUUAUUACUUCAAGGAAAUGAUAAGGAAAUGAUCAUAGAUGUUCUUCCUUGAGCUGCGUCACCCCGCUGCAGUCAAUGGACUUGCCCGAGGUCUCGCUACAAACAAGCGGCUGCUGGAAGAGAGUAGGUGAGUUAGGUGAGUUAUGUUUAGUCUCUUUGCGAAAGGUAAAAAGAUGUUUGGUGGCUAGUACUAUGGCUGAGACCCUAUAUGUCCUGUUGAUGAAGUUAGGUGCUGUUCUGAGCAUUAUUUGUGGCUAUAGAGGGGGUUUUGGUUGAGGUUUGUUUAUGGCUCCUCAGACCGCUCUGUAUUGCUAUCCUGCGGUCAUUACUGAAGUUGGUAUGACUAGAGAAGCAAGCGGUCAGCAACAUUCAUCUCUCGACGGGGUGUCUAACUCGGUGUUACGGUGGGGAGGUAAUACCUAAGGUUCUCCUCUCAUCAGGUUGGGCGUGCCGUUGCUGUCUCAGCCCUGGAUAUGGCAGAAUGUAACCCCUGGCCUCGACUGGUGCUUUCUGAGCACAGCUGUCUGACCAACCUUCGAGCUUGGGUCCUCAAACACGUCCGCAACACCAAAGGCCUGAACACACAUGUACACGCCCACCCUCCUGUAAGGAUACACCACAAUGGCAGCAGGGCGUCACCUCCAAAGAGCUUAAACAAGUAGGUUUACACAUAUCUGCAACUACUGUCGCCGUUCUCAGGGGUCAUGUUUGGGUCACGGGUGUUUGAGUUGGUCUGGAUCUUCUUUCCACAGCUGUCUGUCGGGGUCCGCGUCGGAGAACACCCUCAGUCGAGUUCGCUGCAACAGUCAGAGCAGCAGCAGCCAGACGCCCUCCCCGAAGAUGCACAACUCCCCGAGCUUCACUUUUGGCUGCCCUCCGCCGCGGUCUCACACACAGCACAACAACACGCACACCGGCGGGCGUGGAGGCAACAAGACACUCGGGCCGGUCAGGGGUAAGACGAUCUCUCGCCCAUCUGCUUGUGUCGCUGGCUGGCAUUAUCCCUCGCCUUUGUGUGUGUGUGACCUCUGUUCCACUCCUGUCUCUCUAAAUGACACAAUUCCUGCGGUGAAGUUUCAGCUCCUUUGUCUCUUUCUACUUUUGAGCUCAUAAAAAAACCUGACGGGCGAUUGAAGCGUCAGUCUGUGUGACAGGUAGCUGCUGAUUUGUAAAAGUAGUAUUAUCCCAGGUCAGAAGUGAGCUCCAUUUUUAACACAUGAACAAAUAUAUUCCUGGAUGUCUGCAGCCCUGAACGCCAGCAUGUCCCCCGCAUGACGUUAGCAUGACUCUACCUGCUGCUGCUCUCUGUGUGUUUAAGUUUUAUCAUGAUUUAAAAUCCACAAGAGCUCUGUUCUAAGACAACAGUAAAAAAUCUUUACACCUGCUCUCUACUUGGUCUUAUUCGUCUUAGUACAUGGCUCUUGUGAUAAAUCAUCUUAACAGGUAGCCACUGUGUGUUUAAGAGUUUUAUAGAUUCUGAUAUCAGCACCGGAAAUGCCUCCAGUAACAAUUUAAAUGCAUUAUCAGUGCGGAAGUAGAACAGGUAGUAUUAAUCUGGGUUAGCAAUCAAACCUUGGCCUGAAAUACCGCUUAUAUGUCGUGUCUUAGCUGUAGUGCAGUCGCCCACCACUAGACGGAGCUACUCCCAAUUACGUAAUAACAAUCCCCUUCGAUGUAAACAAGCAGAUUGCAUCUUGUUGUGCGAUACUGACUGGCUCUCCUGAUCUAAAACAAAGACAUAAAGUUGUUUGUCGUAGGGCUGGGCGAUAAACCGAAAAAAAAAAAAAUUUCCUGAACUAAUCCGAUACUGAUAUCCGAUAUCAGUCCAAUACUAUGAAUGAAUGAAUGAACUGUAUACCUCGCCCUGUGAGUGAAGGCGUCAGGCUUGACAUUAGCCUUGUUAAAAAUAAGGUAACAUUUUAAUACAGAUAUGAAUUUACUUAAUAUUAUUUAUUAACAAAUAACAAACUGCACAUUAGUACACUUCCAUGUAUUAAAAGAAAAAAAAGGGACUGGAUCGGAACGCUCGAUCGGCGUCAUUCAUCCGAUAUCCAAUCCAGUGAAUUUGUUAACAUGAAAGACGAUAUUCGAUCCAAAUAUAAGAUCAGAGCAUCCCUGGUAUUUAGAGUGUUUUUUUAAUGUGUCCUCACCAUCAAAGUAGAUGAUUAAUCAGUAUUAAUUUCUUCUAAUGAGGUUACUGAUAUCUGAAUCAGAUAAAAGAUGUUAUUGGACAUCUCUGGUAUGUCUGUGUUUGCACACGAUCCCCGCAUGUUUCUUAGAUGGUGCGUUUGUGUGUGUUUGUAUGUGUCUCCCUCUCUCUGUAGACCCUAAGGCUCAGGAGAAAAGACGCCCCCCUCACCACCGCUCCAUCCUACGGUCUCCCAGCAACAGCCACACACCCUCCCGCCCCCCACACUCACCCCCUUCCUCCUCCUCGUCCUCAUCCUCCUCAGUGUGCGCAGCGGGUUCGUGUCCCCUCCCGGCCUCCGUCAGUAUGACAGGUCUGUACUCCCUCCAGUCCCCCAGCCUCUCCACCCUGCUCCCCUCCCUGCAGGCCCUGCCUCGCCCCGGGCUGCUCUCCAAACUGAGCCCCCUGCUCCUGCAGGGCCUUCCGCCGGCCACCAACGCCCCGAGCGGGCCGACCCAGGACUGAAUGUAGACUUACCUGUGAGGGCACGGGCAUAAGUUAUGUGUGUGUUUGUGUGUGUGUGUGUGUGUGUGAGUGUGUCUGACUGUGUGGGUGGCAGUGAGUGUUGGCUCUUAAAAUCGAGUGCCAGACAAGAGCUUUUAUCGACAGACUGUUUUUACAGAAACAUAACACCUGUCUAGUACUCAGUAAAGGUCAAAAUCGCUGUUUGAUCUCGUGUGUGUGUGUGUGUGUGUGGGUCUGUGUGUGUGUGUGUGUGUGUGUAAUAUCAUUGGUGCUAGCUUGAAUAAUGAUUUUUUUCUCUUCAGCACAUACACUUUCAAUGAAAACCUUGUAUCCACAGUGUUAGCACCUUAGUUCAGAUAACACACAGGGCAAGUUUUCCCCACAUCCCGGCUAUGACUGACAUGUGUAUUCGCUUUAUGUUCUGUGCCCGUCACAGUGGGGUACAUGCAGAUGUAUGGAGUGUAAAUGAAUGUUGCAGUAACAAGAAUUAUGUGUCACACUCCAUCGAGCUACUCAAGAAAUAAGCUAAGAGGAAGAACCAUGCUACUGUGCUUUUUUUACACUGCUACCUUUAGGUUUUAGUCGGAGCUGAGUUCGACUUCGUCUUUCAUUUUUGAAUCAUUAAUAAGUUUAAUUUUGAAAAAUUACAGAAUAGUUACAGCGACGCCUUUCGCCUUUUUGUUUACUGUACGUACUCUUUGUAAGUUUUACUGUGCAGGCCGCAGGCAGAGACACAGAGUCACGUUUCAGCCAAUCAUUCCGUAUAUGUCAUUUAGUUUUCCGUGACUAAUGUGGCGUUUUAGUUACCUCGGAAGUCAGAGGUCAGAGCUUAAAAUGACAUCACACCCGAGUUCCCAGCGUUUCAGUUGCCAAGUCGGAAAAAAGCAAAAUCAAGAUGGCUACAUGUACAAGAAAUAUUUUAGCGCUUGCCUUAUAUUUUGGACAAGGCAAGUGCUAAAAUAAUUUUGUAACCAUCUUGUUUCAGGCCUUUUUUAGCGCUUGUCUUGUCCAAAUAUAGGCAAGCGCUAAAUAAUUCCGAGGUAACUCGAACGCAGCAUUAAAGUCCUAUUUUAAAGGCGUCGUGAGUAAUAACUACGAUAUUUUGCAAUAACAAACUAUCAGAUUAUAGAACUUCUUACAUUGAUGAGGCAACGGGGACCUUCAAGCACAAUACGCUGCAGUGCUUCAUGAUCAGUAAAAGCCUCCAUCUGGCUGUUUUUUCUAAUACUACACACUGCACCCUUAAAGGACUCUGUUUUUAUGCUUGUGUGUAAGUCAUGCCCUCGAUAGUUAUUUCUCCUGCAUCAAUUUGGUCGUCAAGUUUCAGUCUACUGCCAGAAACUCAAAGCGGACCACCUCUGGUCUGAAUCCUCCUGAGGAGUCGCUUUAAGUAGCUGUUUGCCAAGAUGUAAGAACAGAAAUAGGCUCUCUAAGAGGUUUUACUGACAGAUAUGAAUUUUGAUGUAAAUAAAGUAGAAGCAUUUUGUUAAAGUAGAAGGUUUCUAUUAUACCUCGUUAUGUUUCAUCAAAGUUAUGACAUUUCUAUGACUAUUUAUUCAAACACAUCUGCGUGUUUCAUCUCGGCGAGCUAAAGUUAACACACUUUGUGGUGAGCAGAGGUGAGAAACUGUCCUCUCAUCUUGGUUUUUUACGUAAACUUUAUUUAUUAAUUGUGAAAUUCUAGUAUCUCGUCUGUAAUUUGGUUCUGUGUGCUGACAUGUAGGUCCUCGAUGACGGUCUGUUUGCGAGCAGAGGUAGAGCUUGGAGAGCAGCAGAUAGAGCAGAUCAUGAAUCGAUCGGCGGGGCAAACAGCCUCUGGAUUAUCGCUGUAGCUGUCAUUUGUUUUAGCGCUGUGUAAUGGUGUGCCUUGCUCUGGUGUCUGUUGUUGUAAGCAGUAGGUUUAGAAGGCUUUAACUAAACUUUGAUUCUUAUACUGAUAUAAUUCUGUCGUGGGUCACCUUUCCUGCCACCUGCUUCACGCUUGAAUUGGUAAACCUUCCCCUCCUGAGAUGUAACGGAGAGGGAAAACGAGGAUAAGAUCAUUAUAUUUUGGUAUCUUUUUAAAGGGAUAUUCCGGUGUCAAAUUAAUUUAGGGUCAAACACACAGUAACACCGAGUUAGACACCCCCUCCAGAGAUGAAUGUUGCAGACCGCUUGCUUCUCUAGUUAUACCAACUUUAGUAACGACCGCACGACAGCAAUACACAGCUGUCUGAAGAGCCAUAAACAAACCUCAACCAACCAGUGCUCGAUUAAUUUCCACUGUUAUGCAGAUGACACCCAGUUAUACUUAUCCAUGAAACCAGAAGAAACAAAUCAGGUUACCAAAUUAGAAGCUUGUCUCAAAGAUAUAAAAUCCUGGAUGACCAAUAACUUUCUGAUGCUCAACUCAGACAAAACUGAAGUUCUUGUCCUCGGUCCUAAACACCGUAGGUUGGUUUUUGAUAAUUCAUCAAACAAUGAGCGUGGUCUAGACCUGCUCUUGUUCUUUGAAAAGCAUCUUGGGAUGAUGACUGUUGUGAAUUGGCGCUAUAUAAAUAAAAUCGGAUUGACUGAUUUAUUUCAACCAAAACGCCACAAAUAAUGCUCAGAACAGCACCUAACUUCAUCAACAGGACAUAUAGGGUCACAGCCAUAGUACUAGCCACCAAACAUCUUUUUAACUUUGCCUUAAACACAACUCACCUACUCUCUUCCAGCAGCCACUUGUUUGUAGCCGGACCUCAGGCCAGUCCAUUACUGACUACAGUGGAGUUUCGCAGCUCAAGGAAGAACAUUUAUGAUCAUUUCUUCAUGAAAAUACAAUCAGACCGAGACGCUAAAGCAGAAGAACUACAUUGCAAAAUGAUUAAUAUGGUGAUUAUUACUUCAAGGAAAUGAUAAAGAAAUUAGGCAAUGGCGUUUUGGUUGAGGUUUGUGUGUAGUUCCAUAGACUGCUGUGUAUUGCUAUUGUGCGGUCGUGACUAAAGUUGGUAUAACUAGAGAAGUAAGCGAUCGGCAACAUUCAUCUCUGGAGGGGGUGUCUAACUCGGUGUUACUGUGUGUUCGACCCUAAAUUAAUUUGACACCGGAAUAUCCCUUUAAGUCACUGCAGCUAAUGUUGGAAGUUAAAGGAGCACUUUGAGGACUUUCUGACAAAAUUAGAAUAAAUAACUACCGAUGUUGUUCCCAUCCUCUCAUACAUAAAUGUUUCCUAUGUGGUAUUAUAUCCCUGAAGUAGAAGUGUCGGUCCGCGGAGAACAAAUGUGACGGUCAGUUGGUGCUCUGGGGGCGUAAAAGUCUCACUUCCUGCUCCUUUAACAUCACUCCACAAUUAUUUCCAUGUAGCUCCUGCCUGCUGCGUUCGUCGCAGCGGGGAGGAUGUUUAUGAGCUUUCACUUUAGAUCAAAGCCCUGAAAUAAGGGGGGAGUGUACCGUACUGUACUCUACUUUAUUCCGCUUUCUCUUGCUUCUCACUGUGAACUUGUUUUUCAGUUCUUGUCAUUUUAAAAGCUUCUAUUUGUCUUUAUCCAGAGAGUGAAAAAUAAGCUUAAGGUGAAAAACACACUGUAUGCAUAGUCACAUUCUCACUGGAUCUCUCUGCUUUCUGUUCCUUAUGAGAAUUGUGCCGUUUCCUCUAAUGUGGUGCUAACCUUUGACCUUUUACCGGAGUACGGUUAAGUGUUUGUCUGUUACGAAUAUCAUCCUCUUGAAUGUGCUGCUGUCUUUUACCGCCUCUCUGUUUAACCUCUUUAAAGAAUAAAACACUAUCCCCUUGUGAAGAAACUCCUGUGUGCUGGUCAUCUACUCUCUUUCUCUUGUGUGUGUGUGUGUGGCUGAAGCUGCUAUCAAAACCUCUGAUGUUUAGAUUUUGAGAAACCAUGGACCCAUUUUUAUUCUUUCGUUCACAUUGAUCAGACAGUUAGUUUGAUUUAUUGAUUUAAACACAUUUUUUAAUUUGUUUUGUUGUUUUUUUUUUUUUCACCAUCUCCAUCCUUAAAUGUUCUGUUUCUCAUCUGUCAUACGAUCUCCUCCCUGUUUCUGUUUUUGUCUGUCCCCUCCAUCUGGUCGACAGGCAUCAGCUGCCCAGACUUUCAGUCAGGCGCACCCACUUCACCCAGUUGGUCCAGGAAGCCUCUCCCUGCGCGGGGCGGGCGCGUGGGGAGAGGGUGUCGAGCGAUCACUCAACCCCCUGCAGAGGCUCAUACAGAGGUUAGACUGUCUUGUUUGUAUUUUUAUACUUUGAUAAUUACUUUUACAAUUAAAACUGUGUGUCUUUAUCCAUCACAGGCUGCUAAAAACUCGGGGCCUGAACACAUCCUUUCAUCCAUCAAGUUUAGCAAGUGAGUCCAACACUUACAAGACAAGAACUCAUGAUAAUGAAGAUGCACAUCCCUAAUUUUGAUGAGAUAUUUGUUCAUCUCUAAUCUCUUUUUUCCAUCCAGAUGUGAGCUACAGCCACCUCUGAGCCGUAUCCCCAUCCGCAGGGCGGGGUCAACCGAUACCCCUCCCACACAUCCCGGUAAAACCUCCUUCACCAGCAUCAGUUCACUCGCACCUGGAGAAAAGGACAAAUCAGCCACCAAGAAGGUGUUGAGGCUGCUCAAACCCGGCCUCCAUCGACACCUAACACUGUCAGGCAAGUACAGCGUUAUACACGGCGCUGUUACAUAACCUCUUUUGGCCCAAAGACAUUCAACUGACAAAUAAAAGCACGAGUUCUGAUAGGAUUAGUGACAGAGCUUGCUUUGCAAAGUUGGUAUCUUAUCAGGGAUUAGUUCGCUUUGCCUCUAGCGCCCUCAAAGUGAAACUUCCCUCUCAUCCGGUUACAGAUUUUUAUAGUCACUCUUUGAGUUGUUCUCAAAUGUGAUGCAGACAAUCCUCCACCAGUUUGUAGGUACUUUGAUAGUCCCUAAACUUUAUCUAGCAUCAUCAUAGCGUUACAGGAUGUUUAGUUCUGCAUAGCUGCUACCCUCUGAGCAUUUUUUGGUCUGAAAGAAGUCUAAUAGACGUCUAAAUGUAGCAUAGACAACUGGUCUAAAAUCAGGCUACCACAGGUCUAAAAAUCAAAGUUUUUUAGACUAGCCGCCUAACAGAGGUCUAACUGUAUAUUGCUCAACGGCUAUCAUAAUUAUUUUGGUUUAGUACUUGGAAAUCAGUUACGCAACUCCCAGCUGCUUUUUGAAAUAAAUAGUUAUCAAAUAAUGGGUUAAAGUGCAACAUCUGGACUCCAUCUAAAAAUAUACAGAAUCUAGACGCUUGAAAUUGGGUCUAAAAAAAACAGACGUCGAGUAGCCAUCUAUCGCUCAGUGGGUAUAAUCGUGCUGGCACUGGUGUAACCUGCCCAAGGGUUCGAGGAAUCAAAGUGAGUUCAAACAGAAGUGUUUUAGGCAGGAUUUGAAAAUGGAAAGAGACUCAAAAUUAGGAAUGUCUGGAGGGAUGGAGUUCCAGAGGCAGAGGUGGCAGAGUGGCUGAAAGCUCCAAUUCCCAUGGUGGUCCUGUUGGCAGGUGGUGCAGUGAGGUGAAUGGAAAAACACCAGAGUGUGUGGACCAGAAUCUUAAAAUUAGUGCAGUGUUUGUAGGACAGGAGUGAGGUGAUAGAUGGAGGGAGUUCUGGUGAUGGUGCAAAGAUGUUAAAUCUUGAAUCAAGAUGUUAACUUUAUGGAAGGUAGACAGAUGAUGAACAGAAUAGGCCCCAAGACAGAACCCUGUGGAACACCAGUAGUGAUUGGAAAUGGCUACAAUGGUGACUUUUCAGGUGACCUAUAAGAUUUGUUUUGUUUUACCUUGAGGACUUUUUUUCCCAAGCGUAGCUGGGCGCGCCCCGUGCCGAAUCCGCGUAGAGGGCUCCGCGGCCGACCAUAGCAGACGAGAGCUGUCGGAAUGACGGGACAUUUGAUAGCAUGGUAACAUACCACCACUCUGACAAUGAGAGACCAAUGUUGGAAUGGCGGGAUGUCGGAACGGCGGUUGCCCCCCCGUCUGCCUCACAACUAAUCAGCACGAAGGAGCAGCGUCCGCUUCACAACCAAUCAGGUUGGGGGAAGCAGGGAAUGGUUUUGUCAGUCAGUCAGUCAGAAAGAGCAGGCCACCCAAAUAAAUCUAAAAGGUUGACUACACAGACAUAACAAAACACAGCGAUAUCAUUAUAUUACCAAAUGUCAUCAAUAACUAAUAGCUCUAGACUGAUAUUAAAAGCUGUUUUGUAAAUACACCACAAAAAAAAGAUGCUUCUUUAACGGAAUCCCGCCUCCCCUAUAUUUAAGACAUCUGUGCUCCAUCGUCAACCUUGUUUAAACAUUUAUAAUUUCACUCCACAGGUGUAUCUGGGAAAGAAGCUGCCAUACACUUGGCCUCUAAAGCACUGAAGAAGAAGAGCAGCGACAGGAGUUUCAACUGCAAAGGGAGUCCCAUCAUAGAGACCACAUCAGAGAAGGAAGAAACUCUACAACAGGUUAUAACACACAUGUGAACACACUCACUGUGUCCACUUACAAAGAAACUAAGAAUGAAAUGAUACUGAUCGCCAGGUUGUUUUUGCAGAUCGAGGAAACUCCAGCAAUGCCUCCUCAUGACACUGUCAACAUGCGAGAAACAGUGACACUGUGUGGGGAAGCUUAGGAACUACACUGAGGAGGAUACUCCCGUAUUCACACAAAUGCAGGAUUCCCGGGGGCAUUUUAAUGUGCAAUACAAUAAAACAUUAUCUAUCCAGAUAUUGAAGAUGUAUGAUAUUUUAAACCAAUGCAGUUCAACAUGGUCAGACCUGCAGAAAGACUGUCUGCUAAAUCCUGAGAGCGGUUUUACUGGAGCAGCUGGGGGCUAAGUGCCUUGCUCAAUAAUAUCACAGCAGAAGGAGAAAAGAAAGAGGUCAAAACUUUCCAGCUGAUCAAUACUCUGUAGACUUGAAAUAAUCUUUAACAUUUCACCCAUCAUCAUCGUACCUCACACAUAUCCGUCUUUAAAUUUCAGCUCACUCGCACCCAAACGGAUGUUCAAUGUACUCAGACCGACACUGUAAUGCACUGAUAUGUAUUUUCACACUCAGCCACUUCCACUAUUGAAUCAUGUGGUUGACUCUCACUGAGACUGAUGAGCACAGCAGCACCUUUAUGACCUUCUGGUUUUCACUGAGUUUAGUCACAAACAUUUGAGUGAAGUGUGUUUGUGAUCCAGAUACAACAUAGGAGGGGAGGGGGGUUUGUGCUUUGCAUUUUUACUGUGAAGGGUAUUCACCUGCCAUUGGACUUUUUCAUAGUUGAUUUUACACUGACCAAAAACAAAGUUAGCUGUAGUAGGCCUGGGCGAUUUGGCCAAAAAGAUGAUCACGAUAUACUUUGUCAUAUUGUCCGAUCUCGAUUAUUAUCACGAUUUUUUUUUUUUUUAACUGCCAGUUUUAAAGCAUCUGUGCUUCAAACUAAAAAAUAAAUAGAUAAAUACUAAAUAAGAUAUUAAAUAACUUUUGACUCAAAGUCAUGGCUGACAUCUACUGCCCUCAGCUCCACGUUCGGUUACUCUGUUUACUUGUCCAGCAAUUUACUGAAGUGAGCAGGAAAAGCUUGACUCUGAUUGGCUGUUGUGAUGCACAUUUUCGUUUGAUUAAGCAAAUGAGCUCACAGCUGAUCACGGUGAUCGGACUGAAAUUUAUCCCGAUCAUAUAAUCGCCCAGUCCUAAACUGUAGUGCACACGUCACUGAAUUCAACACAAUUGAGCCAUGUCUGGUAGGCCUAUAUGCUUUUCAACGUUUGAAUUGUGCAAAAAGCUUUUAAACAUUGCACAGUUGUGUACCUACAUACAGCCCACAAAACACAACAUCAACACAAAAUUGAUCAAAAGCCAAGAGCGGCGGCAUCAUGCAGCUUCUUUCUACCCUUUGGCUGCUAUGUUUAUUUAAGUCCCAUAUGAAAUGAUUUUCCAUAUAUAGUGAAAGGCAGUUACACACUUGUCUCAAUAGAGUACAGACCCAAAAGAAAAGAUGUAAAGAGAUGAUUAUAGGCAAAACUGUAUCUAAAAUAUUCUUUAAACUACUUUUUUGCCAAGUCUAGUUGUCAAUGUAGUUAUUUUAAGUGAUAAAACAUGAGAAAAGUCCAAAAGGUUGGGAAUUCCUUUCACACUCACGAUGUCUGUAUUGAAUAUUUUUCCUUGUCACAUUCCUAUAGAGAUUUACUUCCCCAGCACAUUCAAAUGGAAACAUAUCUUACAAAAAAUACUGUAUAUUCAUAGGAUAUAGUACAUAUUUUGUGUAAGGAUCUCCGUUUUCAAAUGUUAUAAGCAUAUCUUAUACUUAGUUAUAUAAUCUGAUUUUGACCAAAUUGUUUUAACUGUUACUGGAUUAAUACUGUGUUGGAACUCUAAAUAAACUUGAAAUAUAAAUACCAUA